GGCUAGGCUGCUGAGCGCGAUGUGUUGGUUACUGGGACACUGAGAACCGGAAGUACUAACCACUCCCCAACCACGUCCGCAGGAGACCCGGGACCCCGCUGGAGGUAUAUUAUAUAUCUAUUCUAUAUGUUAUUAUGCCACCUAUUACUGACGGUGUGCUUACUAUAAACCUCUUACAGUCUGCAUAGUGUAAGGGUGUGGAAGCCUACUAGUGCUAUGUAUGUGUAUUAUUGGGGAAUGCAGGAAGGUUUCUAUGACAUCCAAACAUAAUGCUGUGUGUUACUGUGACAAACUGCAGGGGUGAAUGCUGGCUAAGGCUGUGGAUAAUAUGGGAUAUCAGAGACAUAGAAUGUAGUAAUAUGGUCAUUGUAGUCUAUAUCUGCUCAUUAUUAUUAGGUACUAGCUGUGUUCUCCUCACUCAUGGAGUGCUGGUUUGCUCACACCACAGAGUUAAACUGAUUUAUUUUUCUAUACAGAAAUCUGGCUACACAUGCAGUAUUUAGUGUGUCUGCAGAAAAUGUGUGUGUAUUAUAAAAAUAUGAGACCAAGCUCAAACUAAUCUACUACUUGUGAAAAGGGAGAUAUUGUUUAUAUAUAUAUAUAUAUAUAUACAUAUAUAUAUAUAUAUAUAUAUAUAUAUAAUAUUUAUUUAUUAACAAUAUCUCCCUUUUCAUAAGAAGAUUAGGUUGAGCUUAGUCUUCUAUUUCUAGACUGCACACAUAUAUAUUAUUUUUUCCUAUUUAAUAAGUAGGUUAAUUUGAGCUUAGUCUCAUUCAUCUAUCUGCACACACGUUUUUUUGUAGACACCAUAAAUACUGCAUGUGUAGCUAGAUAUCUGUAUACAAACAGGAAAAACAAAGAUUUAAAAAAAAACACCUAAGCUCAAAAAAACCUAUUUUAUUAAAAGUGGGAAUAUUUUUUUUUUGUGUGUGUGUGUGUGUGUAUAUACACAUACAUAUAAUAAUUCCCUUUUAAUAAGUAGGUUAGUUUGAGCUUAGUUUUAUUUCAGAUGUUACCCGAAAAACCUAAUACAAUGAUAUAUAUUUAUUUAUAUUUAUUGGCAGUCAUGUAGUUUAUAAUUCUUAAGAGUGUUGUUGCCAAUGGAGUAUGACUUUGAUGUUAAUCUGGAGGCCAAGCCAUUAUCCACUCUAACGGUUCUUGUCUAACAUUACUCUGGUCACUUAGUGCCAAUACCGGUUUUCUGAACAUGCACCCAAACAGAGUUUUUGUCAGUGUCCUAUAAUACUUUGCAUCUUUUGUGGCUGUGCAUUAGUAGCAAUGUUUAAUAGAUAUGGUAUGGUGCCCACAGGCUGCAUAGAAUUAAAAUGUAACAAGGUCAUACCACACCCUUAGCCAUCACAACAAACAGUUCAACAUGUUGGUGAGCUGUGUGCCCUGUUUUUGCUAAGUAUAUUUUGAGGGGCGUGGUAGAAACUUAAUUUGGUGUGUUUUGUCAGUUUAAUAUUGAAUCUGCAGCUCACUGUUGGUUUAGCUUAAAUUCUUUUGUGAAAUUCUACACAGGCAUUUUAGUGCCUGUAUAGAAUUUCACAAAAUAAGACAAUUGCUUCAGUUGUUUAAAAGAUUCACUCAAAGAUUAUCAAGUACUCAAAGUUUAUCUAAACAUUCGAGGUGUGGUAGUAUUGUAUACAACAGUACAAACAAGCCUUUAUUUGUAUUUUUUUUAUUUAUUUCUCUUAUAAUAGUCCACUCACUGUACACUUGGAGCUGAUGGACACAGCAAUUUUUUAAUAGGCAAGGUUUGGUGGGCUAUACCACUGCACUAGACCCGUAACCGUAGUUUAAGAUAUACUUAUAAAUAAGGGUAGAGUUUAAAAAAAAAAUAUAUCAUAGGCAUUUAUAAUCAAAGUGCACUAGGACAGGUUAAACUAUUUCUAGGACUCCGUUUUAUAUUAAUCUUCUCCUUUAUAUGCCACUCAUCAUCAUGCAUUGUUCUAGUUGUUGUAUGAGAACUUAUAUGAGGCUCAGCCAGUCCAAUUUAUCCUUCUUUUCUUAAGGAUUUCUGAGUGUCAUGGGUUAUACAGUUCCUCAUCAGUUGGAGAGCUGCUUAUAUGCUAGCUCGAUGACUGACUCUCAUUCAUUAUCAGUGACUGUAGGGCAGAAUCUCAGCAGGAAGCCAUAAUGUUUCACCCUUAUGGACUUUUGUCAAGCAAAACGAAAUUCCAAACCUGCUUGUAAGACUACAGUUGUUGAGGACAUUCUUUUAUUUUCUUGGUAAAUGUAAUUCAUGUAUUUUUAAGGGUGCUACUCGGUGCUAAACUAAUGGGGUGUACUGUGAGACCAGGUAUUGAUUAAAAAGAACAAAACUAAUAAAAGCCUACAUGUAGAUGGUGUGUGUGGGUAUAGAAUCGUUUAGAGUCAACAUUUUUUUCCAGUGAUUAAGCCUUUAAAGUAACACGCAAAACUCAGAGUAUGUGAACUCCAAGCACCAGUAGUGUUUUAAAGUGGUCAUGUUGAAAUCUGUGUUCAAGUGUUUCAAUAUGAAGAUGUGCACGAAUAGAGAUAAUUAAAGGUACACUAUAGACCACAGAACCAGUACAGAUUAAUGUAAUGGUUCUUUGACAUAUAUAACCUGUCCCUACAGGCUAUAACACUGUAAAUAGUGCGUUGCUGCUUAUGAUCACCUUAAUGGUAUUGGUCCUCUGAAUAUUGCAGGGCUAACAUUUAGUGUAUCCAUGCUCUGCUGUAUGCUCCCCAUUAGAGAUGCAUUAAUUCAUCACAUCUCUGAGGGAAAGCAUUUGAUUGGCUGAGCUCAGGGAUGCAGGGUGGGGGCAAGUGAUAUCCGAUUAAUAAAUCUCGGUUUUUAAAUGCUUACAGGUGGGCAUUAAUAUAAUUAUGAGUAGAACACUAUAGCUUGAAGAAUACAUGUUUGUAUGCUUAAUGCCGUAGUGAUCCUCUAAAGUGACAUUGUAGGUACUUUAAAAACUUCAUCUUAUUAACCCCUUAAGGACCAAACUUCUGGAAUAAAAGGGAAUCAUGACAUGUCACACAUGUCAUGUGUCCUUAAGGGGUUAAAGAUGUUAUAGUACCUUCAGUGCUGGCCACCCUGUGGCUCUCUAUGGAGGAAUUGUAAGGACAUUGCGGAGAGCGUUGCUCUUGCGCCUACGUUUCCCAAUAAUCCUCUAUGAGGAGCAUUAAAUUAGUUAUCCUGUAGACACACAGGGUGACCUAACACAUAACCUGAGGAGGAGAUUGUGGAGCUGCAGAAAAGGUAAGUAAUUUGUUUUAAAAGUUGGGGGGACCUACUUGAUAAGUUGUAGAGUCUGGCAUUUUACAACCGGUUAAGUCGUCCUGAGAUCACUCUCAAGCAUAUAAUAUGUUUAAUAGGGACAGACUUUGAAUUUAUUUAUUUUAUAUGCCAUCACAAGUUAAAUACAAAAUAGUACUUUUGUAGGAUGAAUACAUUAUGACCAUAUGUAAAUAAAUUGCAUAUAAAACCAAAUAUCAGCUGAAUACCAAGCAUGUUUCCUGUAAAGUCCAGUUUGUGAAACGAUAGAGGUUGAAGUAUAUAGUACAUCACUAUUGGAGGGUAUGGGAAGCCCUUUCUACAUUUCCCACCGGCGUGUUUGUUUUUUUUGUAAAUCACUUGCCUUAGUGCUAAACAUUUAAAGUACCUAACUAAAGAAAAUGGAAUUUACCACUCAUUUAGAGGUCAUAGGUCUGUAUACAACUGCUAGUGUUUAAAUGUUAAGUCUAGACAACAUAGGUCCGCUGAAGGAGACUGCCAAUAAAUAGAUUUAAAAUAUGUAUCAAAUUAAUAUUGCUAAUGCAGUAGAGGGGCCAGACCACUAGUGCUUUGUGGCGUUUAUGCAGAUUAAUCACCAAAGAACAUUGUAGUUUGACCAAAAUUCAAGUGCCCCAUAGAAAGUAAUAUGUUCUUUGUUGAUUAAUCUGCAUAAACGCCACAAAGCACUAGUGGUCUGGCCCCUCUACUGCAUUAGCAAUAUUUAUUUGAUACAUAUUUUAAAUCUAUUUAUUGGCAGUCUCCUUCAGCACCAUGGAAUUGCAUCUACAGCCAAAUCGCACUAUAAUUUCCUCAUGUUGAUGUUGUGGUUGUGGUACCUAGACUGGCACUUCUAUAAGAACGGUCCUUUGGAAACCAUAUGUUAAUGAUGGCACUAACUAUGAUGGGUCUUAAAUAGAUUAAAACGUAGAUUUUUCAAUUCUGCAUUUAUUUGUGCUUUUAUUGCUUCAUUGUCAGGUUUCAGUAACUUUUAGUAAUAAAUGACAGACUUGCGUGGGAAACAUAGCAUGGAAUUUGACAAUCUGUGCCUGUUUACUUGUUGCAAAGCUUGCUUUUCCCUGGAAAAUAUUAGAUGGAAGAUUUAGCCAGCUCAGAGAAUAUGCAAAGGCAGCAGCUCUAGAAGAGUUCCAGAAUCCUUUGCUUUUGGCCGCAUGACAACCACACUAACCAAACCACCCUGCAUCAGCAGUUUGUCUUGGUGACAGAGGGUCACAGUGAUGUGUGAUACUGUAUUUAAUUUUUUAUCACCCCAGUUAUUUUUGUUACCUGUAUAUAGGUAUUCCAUUGGAGGUGAAACAUUUUUGUUAAUUAAUUUACGCAAUUGAGGUAAAUUCCCUGUAAGCACACAAACUAUAGGAAUUAACGUGUAAAACUGACUGUCUUGUGCUGGUAUUUUACGUGCAGGCAUGUUUAAUUCACAUUCAGCUCCAUUCAUUCUGUACAUUUAUAACUGAAAUAUAUUUAAAGGGACACUAUAGUCACCAGAACAUAUUGUAUUUGUUCUGGUGAGUAGAAUCAUUCCCUGCAGACUUUUUUGUAGUAAACACUGUCUUUUCAGAGAAUAUGCAGUGUUUACAUUUACAGCCUAGUUAUAAUUCCACUGGCAACUCCUCAGAUGGCUACUAGAUGUGCUUCCUGGGGCAAACUGUACUAAACGCUGUUUGCAACUUACCUGGAUCCCAGUGGGCACAUACACUGUUACCUGGAUUCUCCUGCAGAAUAUGCCAACAGCUGUACUUGACUAAGCAGGGCCAUGCUCAUUGGCCGAGAGCAUCAUCAUUCAGCACAGAACUCUCAAGCAAUGAACAUUGGCCUGUAUUGACUGAGCUUAGAUGAAUUAAAACAUCCAGCUUCUCCUGCAUUAGAAGACUGGAAGUGACAUGAGUGACCCAGGAAAGUUAUUAAACCAUACUAAAGCAAUUUGACUACUAUGGGUGCUGCAAUCCUGAUGCCAUACGUAUCACAGCUGCAGUAGUGGUUAUAGUACUUAAAGUGUUAAUUUAUCAAUAUGCAUCGAUACAGUUAAUCUAGCUACUAUGCUCAGUGUCUGUCAUGUGUGGUCUGAAAGAUGCAUGAAAUUGUAAUGAGAGAGUUUGUUAUAAUGUUUAGAGACGAAGAAGAAAGCGCAGAAACAGUAUGGAGUACAGGGAGAAAUGGGUUGAUGGGUGACUGAAUGGAGAGGAUGAGUAGAGCAUUCCUUGGCUAUUUGCAUUUUAAACUCUAGGUAAGUGGUUGUAAUGCUUACUGUGCAGACUGUUAGAAAUUGUUUAAUGGAAUUCCAGGCUCUCUAUUCUCUCAACUGCUCUCACCCCCAGCAUUAUAUCUACUCCUCUUUUUUAGCCUUUACUUUUAUCUCUGGAAUGUUCCAUUUAGCCCCAAGCCUGCGGUCACAGACCCAGCAACCAAUAAAACAAGUGUCCUGUGACUCACUCAUACCUUCUAUCUUCCAAGAAUUCAUUAGGGGAAAAAAGAUAGGCCUGUUUUUAAAAAUUUUGUUCUAAAUGUUUGGCGAGUUUGGUAGCAUGAGCAGACAUUGGGUGUUGGGUUGGUGAUUAUUAAAAAUCUAUACUCUAAUGGGGCGUAUACUUCUGGUCUACUACUCCACAUUCUUUAAUGGACCGUAUUCUUCUUGUUUAUGUUAUUGUGGGUUAAUUUUAUUUAUUUUUUUAAAUUGGAAAAGUUUAGGAAAUUGAUACAAGGAGACAUACUUGGCAUGUAACGGAGCUCAAAAGCUAGAAACCAUACAUUGUAUUUCAACAUUUUAUAAAAAUAAAUAAAAGAAAGUAACAAUAUACUAUUGAAGGACAAUGUUGCAUUUCAAUGACCUAAAAAUAGUCUCGCCAACCAGCUCAUAUGAAAACUGGAUGUUAAAGCCAGAGACCUAGGUCACACUUCGACCUGCUGCAGCUGAUAUCCACCCAAAGCCACCAGACUUUUCCAAAAUGAUGGUAUUUUGUAAUCUUGCUGUUGGAGUAUAAAGUCAGGCUCUCUGCAACAUCUCUAACGGAGACCAGAAACAGAGGAAAAUGCAUGGUCUAGAUGUUUGGGAACUGAACACCAUCUCAUUAAGAGUUGUCAAGUCUGUGUGUGUGUGUGUGUGUGUGUGUAUAUGUAUGUAUGUAUGUAUAUAUAUAUAUACACACACACACGAAAACAAAAUAACAGAAAAGGUCAUGAUUAGAAGUUGUAGAAAAGACUUUGCAUUUCCUUUUUCAUAUAGAGACUUAAAUGAUCAUUUGCUCUACUAGUAAGUCUGUUUUAAAAGCACAAACAUAUUUUACUUUGUUUUGAGAGAGAGAGGUUUAAAUGGAAUCCCAAGCAUUCUUGAAUUUUUUUUGCUUUGUCCACAUGUCCUUAGGCUAUUCCAGUUACUACUCUUUCAAUAAGGUAGUAUUUCAGCACAUUAAAGGGGCUGUCAAACUACCAUAACUAGUAUGCUACAGGCGCCACCUCGUAGUUCUGCAUCAAACCGUUUUAGGGACCCAGAGACUCUCCUGGCCCAGUAUAUGCUUCCAGAUUAAAACAGAAGUUUGACUUGUGCAUUGAUUAUCCUCUUUGCCAAUAUUUGAACAAUGUUAGUUUUCUGUGCCAACAAAAAACUGGCCAACCCUGAUCUAAGCCUACUGGUACCAUAAUGGAAGCAUGGCUUUGUGAGGGCACGCUCUCUAGAUCACUCACCAGUUUCUCAAUUUUAGUCAAUAAGAUCACUUAAAAGCAAAAUUAAGUUGCAUAUGUUUAUACAUUCAAAAGGUUGUAGACCCAGGCUGAUGUGUCAAUUCCAGGGAUGGAUUUACGUCUGUUUCAGUCAAUUUGGAAGUGAAUGAGAUUUCUGUCACCUGUGAAAGUCAGUUGCUUGGCACAGAUUUUCAUGUAUGUCCCAGAAGUAUUAAUGCUAAUUCAUAUAUUCAGUUUAAUAGGUACACCUUGUUCUCUAUAAUUAUAAGAACAUGUACCUCUCGGAGUGAGAUCAGAUAAUUUUAUUGAUCAUGUCUUCAAUGUAGCCUUUUUGAAGGAGACAGGAAUGCUGCAAGUAAGAAUAUUUUGUCCUUUUACAGUACAUUUUGCCAGUAUAGUGUAUAAAUAAUGUUUAUAUACCUACUGGAAGUUGACUUGUUCCUUAUUGAACUUUUCAUUGUUGUACUAUCUUGUUGUAAAAGUGCACUAUCCAAGACAUGGUAGCAUGUUACUGUUGAAAACUGUAUUUUAUUUAUAUCAAUAUUAAUCAUGUAAACCCUCCUGUCCCUUUUUCUUUCAGAUUUGACUUCAAUCUCUCGCUUGGAAAACCCUAUAAUCUUGAAAAGUUUCCAUUGCUAUUUAACGGCCUCAAGGCAUACAAGUCUCCUUUUUUGUGGAACGAUUUUCUUCUCCCAAGUAAAAAUUGAUCAAAAGAGUUGAUCCAGGAUUUCAAAGACGUCUGAUACAUUUUGCAAUUUCUCAUAUCUUCUGUGUGACUCUUGAUCCAAAGACUUGCCGUUCUGUCACACCACUGGCUUUUGUUAUUUUAGUACAGACAUCUGUUGCUUUCAUAGAGGAAACUGUUGAUUGUUGUCCUACAGCUGGACUCCGCAACAUGUAAGCUAGAGUGAGACUUUCAGGAUCUGCGUCAGCUGUGAAGAAGCUUAUAAAAAUGUCAACCAAAGCCCCAAUCUACCUAAAGAGGGGCAGUCGUAAAGGAAAGUUAAGGGACCUGUUGUCUCCAGACAUGAUCAGUCCUCCACUUGGAGAUUUUAGACAUACCAUUCAUAUAGGUAGUGGUGAAGGAGAUGUGUUUGGGGAUGUUUCUUUCUUACAAGGCAAAUUUCACCUCCUUCCUAGAUCACACCCUGGAUCCUCAGCCUCUUCUCCGUGCUCAACUCCACCUCCCUCUCACCCAGACCUUCCAUCUCCUCUGCUAAAGAAUGCCAUCUCACUCCCUGUUAUAGGUGGACCUCAGGCUUUGUCAUUGCCACAGGCUCCCCCUCCAAAACCACCACGACUUCACCUAGAUGAAAGAAGUAAGAGUCCAGUGAAGGAGGUGGAAGGAGGAGCCCUUCGACCUUUACUGAGCCCCUCAGAUAAUGGAAUUUCAGCGCAAGAGAGGGAAGAACGUAUCCUUGCCCAUGCUGGAUCUCUUCUGUCCCUGCAUGUGGAUCUUGGACCCUCCAUUCUAGAUGAUGUUCUGGAGAUCAUGGAUAAGGUCUAGACCUUGGUCAAUUGGAUGACUGGGAGACUAACUUUGCUUAUUCACCAAAAAUUGGUUUUUAACACUACAAUUAUUAUCCGGAACAAUAUCCUUGACUGUGGAGUAAACCAUGCUGCCUUAUAUAACAAAAACUAUUGCUUUUAAAGCAAUCUUAUGUGGGGCCAAGCAUUUAUAUUGUGACUGAAAACACACAUUUUUUUAAAGCUUCAUAUAUUUCCACAUGGGUUUACUGGAAUUGGAAAGGUUCCUUCAUUUUUUUUUUUUCAGCUCCCCCAUUGAUCUUUAAGUUUACAGGACACAAACUGUUCAUUUCAUGGAUCAUCUGAAUUUGAUCUCCAUUGUAAAUGGUGAGAUUAGAAUUCUUUACUAGUGCCUUUGCCAGGAUUAUCACAUGAAACUUUAUUUUAAUUUUCUUAUGACCAAAAUUUGUAAAUUGUAAAUGAUCAAAUAUAGGGAGAAAACAUAUUUUCAAAUUGUGUCCACUGUCUGUGUUUUUAUUGAGACUGUGUCUUUGAUGUCUGUGUGUUUUCUAAUGAUAUAUAGUAAUUAAUUAUACAAACUGUGUAAUAGAAGAACAUUCAAUUAUUUUCUGGUGCAUACUACUUAUAUUGAAUGUUUACCAUAUUAUGCUGCAGUAGUUGAAGGGUCUAACUCUUAGACCUUCAAAGGUAGCACAUAUUUUUCAAAUCUCUAGGAUUGCUAAAACUACCAUAAUGAUGGAAAAAGUCUGAUUAGCUGAAAGAGCAAUGUUGGAUUCCAUAUGUUUAUGAGCUAUAAAAAGAGUAUUGAUUCACUCUUGUGGUUCCAAUAGCUCAGUUCUACAUUUCUGGCCCCCCGUUAAAAAGGUGUUUUACUCUGCUCUUUUUUCCAGAGCCGCUUUGAUCUUGCCACCGCUGGCUUUGCUCCUCCUUGGCCGAGAUCAUCAAACUUGAUGAUCUCAGCCAAUCCAAUGCAUUCCUAUAGGAAAGCAUUGAUGGCUAUUGCGCAUAUACAGCAAAGCAGUGCGCCAAUCAGCAUCUCCUCAUAGAGAUGCAUUGAAUCAGUGCAUCUCUAUGAGGAAUGUUCAGUGCCUCCAUGCAGAGCGCGGAGAGUCUUAACGUCAGUGCGGCACAUUGUGGCCGUUUGCGUGACUGCUGCUAGAGUAGUUGUUACACAGAAAUGUGAAAAGACAAAGUUUACGUUUAAAAGCGUGCAGGGACAGGUAGUAGACAAGAACAACUACAUUAAACUAUAGUUAUGACGAUAGUGUCCCUUUAACCCCAUAGUGACCAGACAGUUUUUUUUUUCAAUUUUCUUACAGUUAAGGACCAGGGCUCUUGUUACAUUUCUGCGGUGUUUGUGUUAAGCCGCAAUUUUUCUCUUACUCAUUUACUGUAUCCACACAUAAUAUAUACCGUUUUUCUCGCCUUUAAGUCACUUUGCUAUUUCCAACCCCUUUUCUUUUCUUUUUUUUUUCUUUUUUUAUUAAUGCAAGUUACAUUGUAACACUGAUAUCCGUCAGGAAUCCCUGAAUAACCGUUCAUAUGUGUGUGUGUGUGUGUAUAUAUAUAUAUAUAUAUAUAUAUAAUUUAUUUUAUUUAUUUUUUUUUUUUAAAGAAGAUAACCUAAGGUAUUAAACUUCGGGCAUUUUGACUCUUUUCAUGCAACCAUUUUACCACCAAUCUAUGCCAAAUAAAUUUAUUUUAUUUUUUAUAUAUUUUAUUUUUAUUUAUUUAUUUAUUUAUUUUUUUGACACACAUAGCAUUUUAAGAAUACAUGUAUGGAGAACUUUAAAGGACCACUAUAGUGCCAGGAAAACAAACUUGUUUUCCUGGCACUAUAGGGUCAUUAUGUCCCCCCCACCGUCAGGGGCCCCCUCGGCGCUGGGCUGAAGGGAUUAAAACCCCUUCAGCCACUUAGCUUUCUCCAGCGCCGGUGACCUCUCCUCCCCCUGCUGACAUCUGAUUUGAAUGCGCGGCAAGAGCCGCGCGCGCAUUCAAUCCGCCCAUAGUAAAACAUUACUCAGUGCUUCCCUAUGUGUGUCCAGUGUCUUCUCACUGUGAUUUUUACAGUGAGAAUCGCGGAAGUGGCCUCUAGUGGCUGUCAGGGAGCCAGCCACUAGUGGCUGGAUUAACCCUCAGUGAAACAUAGCAGUUUCUCUGAAACUGCUGUGUUUAGAGCUGCAGGGUUAAAACUAGAGGGACCUGGUACCCAGACCACUUCAUUGAGCUGAGGUGGUCUAGGUGCCUAUAGUGGUCCUUUAAGGGUUACUGCCAAAGAACACCCCAAUAUGUAUUUUUCAAACUUUUGGGUAGUAAUUUAUUUUUCUCUCACAUUGUACUUUAGGCAUGGAUUCUCAGUUCCUGUUAUGUGUUACUGACAAAGAACACCCCAAUAUGUGUUCAGCAACAACUGGCCCCCAAUGUACAGGUUUUAUGUGUUUUUGCAAAAAUACAGGGGUCGAAUGUAGGGCUUUCCCCUUUUCUAUGUUUACACAUUAAAAUUUACCAGAUUGGUUUGCUGGGCCUAUGUUGAGUUUGAGACCAUAUAGCAGCCCGGGAAUGAAAAUUAACGCCAUCAUGGCAUACCAUUUGUAAAAGUAGACAACCCAUGGUAUUCCAAAUUGUGUAUUUCCAGUCUUUUGUACUAGCCACUUAGCCACAAACACUGGCCAAACUUAGCUUUUUUUUUUUUUUAAACACAAACUGCACUGUUAUUGGUGAUUUCAUCGUCGUGAUAAGUUUUUAUGGUGUUUUGGAAAGUUACAGGGUCAAUAUAGGGCUUGCCAGAUUGGUUUGCUGUGUCUGUGUUGCCUUUUGAGACCACAUGGUAGCCCAGGAAUGUGAAAUAACGCCAUCUUGGCAUACCAUUUUCAAAUGUAGAUAACCCAGGGUACUUCAAAUGGGGUAUUUCCAGUCUUUUGUAGUAGCCACUUAGUCACAAACGCUGGCAAAAGUUAGUGGUUUUUUUUUGUUUUUGUUUUUAUAUAAAAAAAAAAAUUAAAUUUAAGGCCGUUUGGCCUGUAUUUGUGGGAGGGGCUUAAAUUGAAUCGCCCCCUCUAUAUAAGGUACACCCCUUACCUGACUCCACACCGAUCAAGGUCUGCGUCUGAAUGACCCUCCCACCCACUCCUCAUUCUCAACACUUUCUUUUUCCUUCUAUUUUCUUUACUUUUAUUACUCCUUGGUGGGCCCUCUUUAUUUACAGGCCUACCGUAUCGUCGGUAUCGGCACACCACAACCGACUUUGCUCAUUUAUACUAUACUAUGUUCUUGCUUGAACCCUACUCCAAAAACGGCUAUUUGCCCCUUACACAAAUAUAUAUAUACACACAUACACACGCACUUAUUUCCUAUAUGUAUAUUAUAAUUAAAGCAUUUUAUUAUGCAUAUAUAUGAUUUCAUUAUAAGUGUAUUUUGAUAUAUGUAUAUAUCUCAAAGUACACUUAUGAAAUUCUAUAUAUAUAUAUAUAUAUAUAUAUAUAUAUAUAUUUGUGGUCAGGGCAUAAGCCGUAGUAUAACUUAUAUAAAUAGGACAAACCAUGAAAGGAAAUGUCAGUUGUGGUGUGCCGGAACUGACGAGGAAGUAGGCCUGAAAUAAAAGAGGGCCUACCUUAUAAAAAUGCUUAUGAAAGCGGUGUGGUGGGUGGGAGAAUCCGUCGCACCUAACAGGUAGUGAGGGAAGGGUCUGGAGUCCCUUAAGAAGGGUAACCCAGCCCUUCCCAUAACUUCAGGCCACGCCUUCCAUUUGUGGUCAGGGCAUAAGCCGUAGUAUAACUUAUAUAAAUAGGACAAACCAUGAAAGGAAAUGUCAGUUGUGGUGUGCCGGAACUGACAAGAGGAAGUAGGCCUGAAAUAAAAGAGGGCAAAAGAGAUAACCAUUUAUUCGUCCUACAACCGGACAUAACAGAUUACAAAUUCAUAGUUUUGAAAGCCAGACGUACUUCUUGUAUGGGCUGAGGUAUGUAUCUAGUGUAUGCCGUAGAUUUCCAUUGUCCUAGUAUCUGAAUAAUGUGAGCAGGGAUAUUCUUUUAGAAGCGGUGGUGGCGGCUCCUAUUCUAAAAGAGUGACCAGAGUAGCUGGCUGGGUUCAGUCCUAACCGGGCUAACAAUAUCCUAAUAUACAUCAUGAAUUGGCUCGUAGUGAGCUUAUUGCCGUGCAAGGACAGGAGUGGUUGUGUGGGCCCAUAUUGUCAAAGGCAAGAAGUGUGUCGAAAACCUUCACCGGGCACCAAGUAUUACUUGUGGGGUAAUAGGGUAUAGUGACCGUUUGCCCGGGGGCGCUUGUUUUGGUAUGGUGCAGUAACAGAAGAUAGUGAUCUUGGACCUUUAUGAGAUCGGACCUUGUGAGGAAAAGGGGUGAGUUAUAGCUAGUAGUAGUGAAUUCUCUGGGCCGUAAAAACCCGUAAAAUGCUAGAUAGAUGGCGGCUUUAAUUACAUGAUUAGUAUGAGCUUCAAAGGGUGAGGUGUCUAGUAGUUUUGACAGUGACUGAAACAAUAAAUCGUGUAUGGGUAGUCUAGUUGGUGAGGCUAUAGGGGCGGAGUCUUUGAUGCCUUUAAGUAUAGCCUUAACUUGGUAGGACGACAGAAAGCGUUGUUUGUUAGGCCAAGUGGUGAGGAUGUGAUGUUGAAUGCCUGUGAUAUAUAAUUUGAUGGUAUUGUAAGAUAAUGUUAGACGAAAGUGGCAAAAAGAAAUAAAAGCAAUAAUGGUUUCCAUAGAAAACUGGUCAGUGACAUUAAAGUCCAACAAGAAUUUAUUGAAAACAUGGAAAGCCCUUUCAUAUGCCUUCCUGGUAUUAUCGGAGAGACCGAGCUGUGAGAGUUGUCGCCCUUGACAUAGCAGAACUUUUAGUCCCAGAUCAUUUCCUGCCACUUUGGAACUGGAGUUGGUAUGAGGGCCGCUGUUGGCAGGGCCUCCCGAAACUCCUGAAACCGAGACCGUGACAAAUGAUCAGCUGCAAUGUUGAGAACCCCAGGCACAUGAACACAAGUGAGAAGAAAACUGUGUUUUGCAGCGAGCCAUGUGAGAGUCCUCAUGAAACGCAUGAUGGUGAGGGAAGAGGAACGCCCCUUGUUUACAAUAUGGCAUGUUGCCAUAUUGUCCGAGAAGCAACGAACCGUAUUCCCGGACCAACUUGCUCCCCACUUAACUGCUGCCGCUAAGAUAGGAUAGAGCUCAAACAAGGCUGAUGUGUCCUUAAACCGGGGAAUUUCUGUAAUUUCCCUAGGCCAUUCUCCCCACAUCCAUUCAUUUCCCCAUAUUGCUGCAAAACCUGAGGUGGCUGCGGCAUCCGUCCAGACUGACUCCGAUUUCUCUGACCAAACCGGUAUAAACAUAGUAGUGAUGGUAGGCUGCACUCACAGAUUCUUUAAAACGUAACUUUUAUUUAUAAUGUUAAGAGAAGAGCAGAUCUGCUCUUAACAUUAUAAAUAAAAGUUAUGUUUUAAAGAAUCCAUAAGUGCAGCCUACCAUCACUACUCUUUGGAUACUGGAGCCUUGGUGAUGCACCCGGUCAGAUAACUGAAGACUGAGUGCAAGGUAUAUUUGGUUUUUUAUAUAUAUAUUAAAUAUGUAUAAUAUAUUAUACAUAUGGCUGGCAGCUCCUAGACUCCUCUUGCGGCAAUGUGAUCAUGGUGAUCACAUGGCCCUGGAGGGCCGCUAAAUUCGGGAUAGCCAAGCAGGGGACUUAAAUACCCCCUCGGAUGAAGCCCCCAGUGGAGCUUCGAAACGCUCAAUUUCAUUCCGCACAAAUGGAGAAGUUAUCUCUGGAAAACCUUGAGUGCCGGUAUUUACCUCUUUGUUUAUGAUUAAGCUACCAGGAGCACCACAGGUACUAUUUUUUCUAGUUGGAGUACAGGGGUAUUUUUGUAUUUUUUAUAUAUCUAAGUGUAUUUUUGAUAUAAAUAUAUAUUAACCCUUAUCUAUCGGGUUGACGACCUCGGCCCGGUCAUUUAGUAAAAUUAACCCCGGAUCACCGCUAUCGCGGCGAUCGCGGGGUUAAUGGUGCUCCCGGUAUGCCUCUGCAUUAGAGGCAUACCGGGAGCACCCGGUCAGGCUGCCCAGCACAUGUGCUCGCUCUGACCGCAAGUCAGAGCGAGCACAUGUGCUCUGUAUACUUACCUUCCGGCUCCCUGCACUUCCUGGUUCUGUGUGAAGUGCAGGGAGCCGGAACAGUGCUGAUCCUGCCCCCUGCUGUUAAAAAAAAUAAAGUUAAUUUAAAGUGUCCCCCCCUUACCCAUUUUAAUAAAAAAAUUAACCCCUUCCCUGCCAAUUGAUCACUGACUACAGUGAUCAAUUGGCAGGGAUUACAUUUUACUAUGAUCUGAUUUUUUUUUUUUUAAUCCCUGAGGGUUAAUUCUUUUUUUUUUAACCCUCAGGGGUUAAAUUAAUUAAAUUAAUUAAUUAAAUUAUUUUAAAAUUAUAUAUUUAGAUAGCUGGGGUAGGUGGAAGUUAGUGGGGAAUUGGGGGAUUUGACGUUAGGCUAACUAGGGGUUAACGUUAAAAAAAAGUUUUAAAAGAAACUUUAAAAAGUUAAAAAUUAAGCUUAAAAAAAGUUUUAAUAACAUUUAAGUAAAAAAAACAAAAAAAAACACACUUUACCUAGUCCAAAUAAAAAUUAACCCCUUCCCUGCCAGUCGAUCACUGCCUACAGCGAUCAAAUAGAGAUCACAGUAUUAUACUGUGAUCUAAUUUUUUUUAACUCCUGAGGAUUAACUUUUAUUUAUUUUUUUAACCCUCAGGGGUUCAAUUUAUUUAAUUAAUUAAUUUAAAUAUUUUAUAACUAUAUAUUUUGCUAGCUGGGGUGGGUGGGAGUUAUGGGAAAAUGGGGAAUUUACUGUUACUGCUGCGUACUGCUAGUUAGGGGUUAACGGUAAAAAAAAAAGCUUAGAAAAAUGUUAAAUCUGUAAAGUUUUAAGAAAGUUUAGGAAAGUUUAAAAAAAUUUAUAAGCAAAACAAAAGUUUAAAAACUAGUUUUUAAAAGUAAAAAAAUUAUAAAAAGUAAAAAAAUACAUUUUAAAAACGCUCAUUACCACUACACCUGGAGCAAACUAGAGAAAAAAUUAUCCCACGCCAAGGUUCAAAAUAUGCCUUUGAAUUACCCCAGAGUGUAUUCUUUAAUAAAUAGUAUGUGUUUGUGGGGAAGUUUCAAUAACCAACCGUCUAAACUACUCCAAAUUGGAACAUGGACACAGCGUAAAACUUCAAAGUUAGAAAAAAACUGAAUGGCUGCGUCUCAAAUGCGCCCCUUCAACAUCCAUAUAUACCUGUCAAAGGUACAUACGGUGGUAUUGCUGUACUCAGACGACAUAGCUGAGCAACAUAUGAGCACACAUAAGGUUUUGCAAAAUAUACUGUGCAAACUCACUUUGUAUGUCAAAAAGGCAGAAAAAACGCUUAUUACCACUACAUCUGGUACAAGCUAGCGGAAAAAUGAUCCCACGCUAAGGUUCAAACUAUACCUUUUGAAACACCCUGGGGUGUCUACUUUAAGAAAUGGUAGGCCUUUGUGGGGUAGUUUGAAUUUAAAACCUGUGAAGAUGCUUGGAAAUUGCACAUAGGCCCAGCGUCAAAAUUCAAAGUUUGGUAAAAACUGAUAUGGCUUGGUCUCCUAUAUGGCACUGUAGCUUCACGAAGUAGUGCCAACGACAUUCAUAUGGGGUGUCAUUUUACUCAGAAGACUUAGCUGAGCAUAAUUUGGGGGUUUUGAACUUAGUGGCACAUAUGAAAUAUACAAAACGCCCAGCAAAAAUGCAAUCCGUAUGUAAAAAAUGCACAAAAUUAUUUUUUACCACAUACUUUGGCAUAUAUUGGUGAAAAAAUGGGGGUAUGUUAAGGCACAAUAUGCACCUUAUGAGAUACCCUGGAGUGUCUACUUUUACAAAUGGUAGGCCUUUGUGGGGGGUUUUUGAACAGUCAAACUGUUAUAAUACCCCAAAUGGAAGCUAAGGCUCAUUAAAUCCAUCUCUCAAAAUUCUACUGUGAAUACUGAAAAGGACAGGUAUCCUGUAUGGCACUGUAACUUCACGAAAUAGUGCCAAAGACAUACAAUGGGGGUGUCAUUUUACUCAGCAGAUGUAACUGAACACAAAAUAAAACUUUGUACAGGAAUAGCACACACCAACUUUACAAAAUAUACACGAGAAUUUCUUUGUUAUAAGUUUGUGUGCCAAAAACCAAAAAAAACACAAUUUUUUUACUCCAAUAUUUAGCAGAGGUUGGCGGUGAAAUGGCUACGUAGAAAGUGUCAAAACAACCUUAGGUAAAUAGCCCGUGAUGUCUACUUUAUAUAAAUAUAUACUUUUGUGUGGCAAUUUUGUUUUCUUUUAUGGCUAUUAAGCUUACAAGACAAACAUACCAAAUUCUAAAAUCGCUCCACAUUAAAAGUUUAUUUUACUCCUUGUGCUUUGUGACCUGUAACUACCAAAAAAAAAACUUAAAAUCCCAGACACAUUAUAUAUUCUGUAAAUCAGAACAACUAAAUUAAUUUAUUGUUAAUUACUUUUCUUAACCUGCACUAAUUAUGCACACAUUAUUAUUGCAAAAACUGUAAAAAAAAAAAAAACACAAAAUUUUCAUUUUUUUUACAUUUUUCUGUAUUUUUUUAUAAUAAAUAAGCAUUUAUAUAUAUGUGUGUUACAUCAAAUUAAAGCCCUUUCUGUCCUUUAAAAAACGAUGUAUAUGUGUUGGUGCAACAAAUUAGUAAAAUGCAAAUUGCAGUUGAACGCAAACAGCAAAAAAUGAAAAAAAAUGCCGUUGUCAUUAAGUGAAAGACAAGCUUUUGAAGCUUUGUCCUUAAGGGGUUAAUAACAAAAUACAGGUAGAAUAAAAUUACAUAUUUUUUUGUUUUUUAUUUAAAAAAAAUAUAUAUAUAUAGUUAUUAUAUAUCUUGUGUGUGUGUGUGUGUGUGUGUAUAUAUAUAUAUAUAUAUAUAUAUAUAUAUUUAUUUGUAUAUAUGUGUAUAUAUAUGUGUAUAUGUAUAUAUAUAUAUAUUUGUAUAUGUAUAUAUAUAGAAACAUAGAAUGUGACGGCAGAUAAGAACCAUUUGGCCCAUCUAGUCUGCCCAGUUUUCUAAAUAUUUUCAUUAGUCCCUGGCCUUAUCUUAUAGUUAGACUAGCCUUAUGCCUAUCCCAUGCAUGCUUAAACUCCUUUACUGUGUUAACCUCUACCACUUCAGCUGGAAGGCUAUUCAAUGCAUCCACUACCCUCUCAGUAAAGUAAUACUUCCUGAUAUUUUUAAACCUUUGUCCCUCUAAUUUAAGACUGCCCUCUUGUUGUGGUAGUUUUUCUUCUUUUAAAUAUAGUCUACUCCUCUACUGUGUUGAUUCCCUUUAUGUAUUUAAAUGUUUCUAUCAUAUCACCCCCGUCUCGUCUUUCCUCCAAGCUAUACAUGUUAAGAUCCUUUAACCUUUCCUGGUAAGUUUUAUCCUGCAAUCCAUGAACCAGUUUAGUAGCCCUUCUCUGAACUCUCUCUAAGGUAUCCAUAUCCUUCUGAAGAUACGGUCUCCAGUACUGCGUACAAUACUCCAAGUGAUGUCUCACCAGUGUUCUGUUCAAUGGCAUGAGCACUUCCCUCUUUCUACUGCUAAUACCUCUCCCUAUACAACCAAGCAUUCUGCUAACAUUUCCUGCUGCUCUAUUACAUUGUCUGCCUUUAAGUCAUCAGAAAUAAUCACCCCUAAAUCCCUUUCCUCAGAUGUUGCGGUUAGGACUCUAAGUACAGAUCCCUGAGGUACCCCACUGGUGACAAGCCCAAGCUUCGAAUAUACUCCAUUGACUACACCCCUCUGUUGCCUGUCACUCAGCCACUGCCUUACCCAUUCAACAAUAUUGGAAUCCAAACUUAAAGAUUGCAGUUUAUUGAUAAGCCUUCUAUGUGCAACAGUGUCAAAAGCCUUACUGAAAUCUAGGUAAGCAAUGUCUACUGCACCACCCUGAUCUAUAAUUUUAGUUACCCAAUCAAAAAAAUCAAUAAGAUUAGUUUGGCAUGAUCUCCCUGAAGUAAACCCAUGUUGUCUCUGAUCUUGAAAUCCAUGUGUUUUAGAUGUUCAACAAUCCUAUCCUUUAACAUGGUUUCCAUCACUUUCCCCACUACUGAAGUAAGGCUUACUGGCCUAUAGUUGCCUGACUCCUCCCUAUUACCUUUCUUGUGAAUGGGCACAACAUUCGCUAACUUCAUCUUCUGGGACUACUCCUGUUAACAAUGAUUGGUUAAAUAAAUCUGUUAAUGGUUUUGCUAGUACACCACUAAGCUCUUUUAACAGCUUUGGGUGUAUUCCAUCAGGUCCCAUUGACUUAUUUAUUUUGUUGUCAAUUUUUGUUUUUAUUGAGGUGUAUGAUGGCUCAGUACAGAAAGUAAAACAAGGGGUUAAUGCAUGAAAAACAUACGUUAUGCAUAACUGGUUUAUACAUGGUUGCAUGUACUCCCAAGAAUAACGGCCUAGUUUUUAUGAAAAUUUUAACAGUAGUAUUAUACAGGCUAAACAAGCUAAGCAGGCUAGACAAUAAAGGUUUACUUAAAGGACCACUAUAGUGCCAGGAAAACAUACUCGUUUUCCUGGCACUAUAGUGCCCUGAGGGUGCCCCCACCCUCAGGGACCCCCUACCGCCCGGCUCUGGAAAGGGGUUAAAACUUACCUUUUUCCAGCACUGGGCAGAGAGCUCUCCUCCUCCGAUCCUCCUCUUCUCCUCCCCGUCGGCUGAAUGCGCACGCGCGGCAAGAGCUGCGCGCGCAUUCAGCCGGCCACAUAGGAAAGCAUUCAUAAUGCUUUCCUAUGGACGCUUGCGUGCUCUCACUGUGAAAAUCACAGUGAGAAGCACGCAAGCGCCUCUAGUGGCUGUCAAUGAGACAGCCACUAGAGGAUUAGGGGGAAGGCUUAACCCAUUCAUAAACAUAGCAGUUUCUCAGAAACUGCUAUGUUUAUGAAAAAAUGGGUUAACCCUAGCUGGACCUGGCACCCAGACCACUUCAUUAAGCUGAAGUGGUCUGGGUGCCUAGAGUGGUCCUUUAACGAAGUCUGAUACACAGCUGAAUGUGACAUCGCUGGUAUAUCUAGGCUUGGAAGUAUCAGCAGCAAGCUAACAGGCUAAUUUACCAACUCUAAUCUUGACCCUCAGCUUAUGUGAAGCAAUGUACUUGCAACUAGUUUAGCUUUCGAAAAGGAUUAACCCAUUGCAGCAAUCUACAUGAGGAGGCUUGUGGGCUAUGAGCCUAUCUGAUAACACAAAUAUAUUUAGCUGAAAGAUAAGCUUGAGAGGGACAUGAGAAAAAGCUUCCGAAAAUAAAUUAUCACCGUUUAAAAUGGGCUAAAGCGUAUAUGUAAAUGCUUGUUCCUAUAAAAGGAGCACGGGUUAAGUCACAUAGACAGAAGAUAUUAUAGACAUGGUGAUUACAUAGACAAAUUAUAUCAUGCUUGCUACUUAGUCAUGCACUACACUUUUCUUCAUAUGGUAAGCUAACAUGCAUGUAACUAAUAUGCCUCUGACAUAGUACUAGUUAAAGCUAAACAAUUAUGCAGUAAAUGUUGAGUAGAGGAGGCUUUGCUAAUCUAAAGUGAGAUCAUCGUUUACUUGGAGCAGUCCAGAGCAUGGAGUGCUAUGAGCGUUCAUGCAUUUAUUCAGCCCACCCCACAUGGAGGAAUCGUGCUGCAGUCUGCGGGGACCAGUCCACUUGGUUGUGGGGGGGGGGCUGCCUCUUUGGUCCGUCUCUCUAUUGGUGGUUGGGCCUGUUCCUCUAGGGUGUAUGCUUUGACCCGCCAGGUGCUUGUCCCUCUGUGCUGUGGUUCCCCCAGUGCACCUCCCAGUUCCAUGCCGCUUGAGUGUCCUGUGUCUUCGGCCCAAGGUUUUAGCAGGGGCCCUUGCCACAAGUCCAAUGACCCCAUCCUCAGGGUCGUGGGCCCAAGGUUUUGCCGGAUUCCGGUUCCCCUGGGUGUAUGGGUGGCGGUGAGGAGUUACCCUCUGGUGGGCUCCCUGCCCGGAAGAAGAGUGGGGAUAGCUACUUGGGGCACGAGGGGUCCCCAGCACUCUGUGGCCAUGCUCCGGUGCUUGGUUCCCUCCCCUGGUUUUGCCUGCAGGCAGAGGGUUUCUCCUCCUGCGGCGCCAUCUUGGGGUCCUAUGUUGCUUAUGAGUAAGGCGCUGGCGGCCGUGUUGCGUAGGUUUCUUGUUGCUCCAGCAUGUGCUCGGUUUAUUCAGCCGUGCCCGGUGCUCCAGCCGUGCCCAGAAGGCUUCGAAGAUAGCGGUAAGUUUGGCUUCGUAGUCUGGCAUGUCUGUGUGGUGUUCAGGUGUUUUACCUGCUGCACUUGCUGUCGCCAUUUUAGUUGCGUCUCCUGUUCGCCUGUCCUGGUGCUGUGUUUCUUCGGGUUGUAGGCUCAGCUUAUAGCCGCCUCUCCAGUUGCUUGUUGUGGACCGAGAUGAACCCAUCGGUCCAGAGGGGGGGGUAGGAGGUGAUGCCCUCGAGGUAUCCCCUGACCAGGUCAGUCAGCGCGGGAAGCGGCCGUCUCCCCGGCGCUCGAUCUCCGGUAGGCCUCAGGGCUCUUUUUCGGGUUCCCGGUGGGGUAUCAGCUUGAGUUUGGUGUCGGGCUAUUCUCCCUGGUAUCCCCGACAGGAUUUCUCGUCUCCGGUGCGCGACUGUGCCGUGUUUUUGGGGGGGUUACCCCUGAAAAGUACAAGAAUUAGCAGGAGCUGAAGUGUAGCACAGCCGCUCAGCCUGAGUGCCAGGCUCCGCCCCCCCCAUUGACUUAUUUGUCUUUACUUUUGACAGUUGAAAUAGAACCUCUUCCUCUGUAAACUCACGUGUAAUAAAUGACUCAUUUAUCCUUUUUCUUAACUGAGGUCCCUUUCCUUCAUUUUCAUCUGUAAAUGCUGAACAAAAAUAUUCAUUGAGGCAGUCAGCUAGACCUUUACCCUCUUCUACAUAUCUUCUUUCUUUUGUUUUUAAUCUAACUAAUCCUUGUUUUACUUUUCUUUUCUCAUUUAUGUAUCUAAAAAAGUUUUGUCCCCUUUUUUUACUGACUGUGCUAUUUUCUCUUGUGUGUGUGAUUUGGAAGCUCUUAUAACUUGCUUAGCCUCUUUCUGCCUAAUCUUAUAGCUCAUUCUGUCUUCCUCACUCUGGGUUUUUUUUUUAUAAGUACUAAAUGCUAACUUUUAGUUUUUUACUAUUUUGGCCACAUUUGCGGAGUACCACAGUAUUUUCAUUUGUUAACACUAAAUCUAGUAUGGUCUCUUUACGAGUUGGCUCCUCAACUUCUUGUUUUAGAGACAAUCCCAGUAGGGAGUUUAGAAUAUGUGGGCUCCUGGUACAAGCAGCUAUUUUUGUUUUACAAUUCACAUCAGGAAGAAUAAAGUCACCCAUGAUUAUUUAACUCUUCAAUUUUUCCUGGGGGCCUAUAAAUCACACCUACACGAGUUACUGUUAGAUUACCAAAUUCUAACGUAACCCAAACGGACUCUAUGUUCGCCUCACUAACUUUUAUUAUGCUAGCCUUCACAUACAGGGCCACCCCUCCCCCUUUCUUGCCGUCCCUGUCUUUUCUAUAUAAAGAAUACACUGGUAUUGCUAUGUCCCAGUCAUUUUUCUUAUUAUACCAUGUCUCAGUAACAGCGACUAAAUCUACACUAUCAGUUGCCAUUAUUGCCACAAGUUCAUGGAUCUUAUUCCCUAAACUGCGAGCAUUUGUAGACAUGACUCUAAGCUUAUGAUUUUUUAACACACUUGCUACAGACACCUUCUGUCCUUGUUUUGGGGGACAAUUGGAUUGAUGUUUUAUCACCCUUUUGACCCCCCCAGUUUAAAUACAUCCAAGCAAAACCUCUGAACUACUCACUGAGAACAUUUUGUUCCCUUUUGAGAAAGAUGCAAACCAUCUUUUUCGUACAGCUUAUUUCCAUUCCAAACAGAGCUACCAUGAGAAAUAAAGCCAAAUCCUUGCUCCCGACACCAUUCACCAAGCCACAAGUUAAAGUCCCUUAUAUGCAUCCGCCUGUCGUUCUGAGUGUUAUGCACAGGCAGAACUUCAGACAAUGACAGUGUGGAAGCAACCUGACGUACAUCAUUGGCAAAAACACUAAAAACUUCCUUAACCUCUGAAACCUCAUUGCAAGCCAAGUCAUUUGUCCCUAGAUGGACAAGUACAUCCAAUUCCCCUUCCUGCUUUGCUCGCUUAACAAUAUUACAGAUACGUCUCCUGUCUCUGUGAACAGUAGCUCCGGGAAGACACCUCACAAGACCACCCUUGUCCAUCUCCACACCUCAUAUGAUGGAAUCCCCAAAUAACAACUGCUUUCUAUUAGGCCUCACCAUAGUCUCCAAGCCUGUCUCCACAACACCACUCCCCUCAGUACCUGAGCCUGUCUCCACAACACCAUUAGCCUCAGUGUCUGAACCUGUCUCCACAACACCACUAGCCUCAGUGUCUGAACCUGUCUCCACAACACCACUAGCCUCAGUGUCUGAACCUGUCUCCACAACACCACUAGCCUCAGUGUCUGAACCUGUCUCCACAACACCACUAACUUUAGUGCCUGAGCCUGUCUCCACAACACCACUAGCCUCAGUGCCUGAGCCUCUCUCCACAACACCACUAGCCUCAGUGCCUGAGCCUCUCUCCACAACACCACUAGCCUCAAUGCCUGAGCAUCUCUUCACAACACCACUAGCCUCAGUGUCUGAGCCUCUCUCCACAACACCACUAGCCUCAGUGCCUCUCUCCACAACAUCACUACCCUCAGUGUCUGUCUCCAUAACACCAUUACACUCUGAAAGUGCAGAAAAUUAAUUAUGUAGAGCAACAGACUGUGCAAUAUGCCGUUUAUCCACAACUCUAAGUCUACCAGAUCCUACAGUAAUCCAUCUGCCAUUCCUAGUAUGUCUCUGCGGCAGUGGCUUUGCAGUAGUUCCAGCCUGAGUUUGUUUACCAGAUAAUUUACAAAUCACAGACUUCAAAAAUACAAUCUCCUGCCGCAAGAUAGAGAACUGUCUACAGAUUAGACAACAACCAAACCUCCAAAAAGUGGAACGUGAAACAAAUGCAUAACCACUAUUACACUGAACUAAGUCUGCCAUUCCAAUGAGGUGAAUAAUUUAAAUCAAACGAAUCUUAACGUUUUAUUUAUCCUCCUGAAUACCUCAGAUUACCUCCAGGAUAUUUCCAACCACACAUUUAGAAGCAACACUUAGAUGACGCAACCAAGCUAUAUACACGUGUGUAAUUUAACUCUAAGUAUUUUAUUGAUAUAUGUGUAUAUUAAUACAAAAAUGCUUAGUAUGACGUUAUAUAUAAGAUAUAUAUAUACACAUUUAAUAUAUAUGUGUGUAUAUAAUUUUUAUUUUAUUUAUGAACUAUAUUUUUUUUCACCAGCAGGGGGAGUGCCUGUCAGUUAAGGCAGUCCCCCUGCUGGCAGCACUAUGGACACCUGUUGUGGCCAUGUGACCGCUCGUUUAGAGCGGUCACAUGGCCCCUGGGGGUCCUAAAUUAGAGAGAGGCCAGACAGUCGUCCGUCCGUCACCCGCCCUCCCCCCAAGAAGACAUGGGGAGGGAGGGUAGGGUUUUUUUAAAAUUUAGUUAUUUUUUCAUAUUUACUGAGUGCCUUGGGCACUCAGUACAGGCAGAGCAUCGGAAGCCUGCCUUACUGCCGAGGUCAACGUGGAGCAACCCGGAAGUGAUCACUCCGGGGGGAGCGAUCACCCGGUGUUCUCCGGCGGCCACCGGCAGUGAGGGGGGUAUUGCAGCAAUUCCUCAACAUCGAGGCAUCGCUGCAAUACCAUUAGAGCUGCUGGAAGCGAUCAUGAUCGCUUCCAGCACUCUAAUUCCCCGCGGAUGUACCCGAUAAGGCCGUGGUCGGGAAGGGGUUAAAGUGAUACUAUAAGUAAUAAGGUAUAAAAAGCUGUAUUUCUGAUAUUAUAGCUCUCUCUGUCUCCCUCGCAUCCCUGCCGCAGUGUAUAAAGGGUGUUUAUUUAUUUACUUACCUAAACCCAAUGCUGGGUCGUGUCUCCUCCGAUGUCCCACGCCGAGCAGGCGCAUUAGACCUACCCGUUGCUGUUUUGUGAGUGUGCUCGAUAUACGGACUUCUUAAGGAGCCACACCUGUAUAUCUAUUGUACAGAUCCCUUUACUGUAUAAAAGUUUAAACAUUUUGUACAUUUUUUUUUUUUACAACAGUGUCGGUGUGUUAAUGUUUAUUUAUCAUAUACAUCGCUUAAGGAUACUUGCACACUGUUGUGAUUUUGGGAAUGUGCAUUCCCGAACCUGCUAGAAGAUCCAUAACAAAUAAUGAUUGUAGUAAUUGUCACAUACAUUAAAUGCAGUUGAAUGGCUGAAAUCAAGAAUCAGUUUUUUCUUUUUUAAGGAUAGUACAGGCUACCUUUUAUUAUUUAUACACACACACAUCACAAAUUCUGUUUGGAGGUUUUGCAUACGUUUGCCUUCAAAUGGAAACAGGGAGUUGGUUUUGCAACAAAAGAAAUGCAUAUUUUGCAACUAGAUACUGAAAAAGGAAAACAUUUUGAAAUAUUCUCCGGGGAUGAAUUAAUAAACUAAAGGAACAAACACACUGCAAAUGGAGUGUGCCAAAUUCCAGUAACAAAAUCAAUGAACAUGUUGAACAUUAAAUGGGGGGGAAAUCAUGGUAAAGUAUGUUUAUUCAAAUGAUGUAAAUAAAAAGGUUCUAAUAAAUGAAUCACAAACAAAUAUGCAUAUAAGAAACACUAUGUGCAAACAAUAUCCUAAAAAGGCAAAGGAUGAGUUGACCACUUAUGGAGCUUGGAAUAAGACCUGCCGAUCUGGUAGAAAGUGUAAUAGAAUCGUCACCCGUAUCGGGUCACUCACAACCCUCAAAUCAAGUGGAACUAAUGGAGCGGCUGUAAGGGUGAGAAGAAAAAAAAAAAUAUUCACUCAAUGUGUAUCACACUUAUCGUUUGUUGGACUUCCUCAGAGAUAUAUAUUUACAUUUCCUAUCCAUACCAUUUGAGUACCCAAGUUAACCCUGUGUCGACGUAAAAACAUUGUGUUGGCCAUAUUUUCUCGCAUGCACUCCUAUGAGUGGAACGUAAAAAAAAACAAAAAACUAUAUGGACCAAAUCGAACAGUGCACUUAAUACAUAUCUCCCCAUCAACCAAUAGUAAUGUGUGUCAGUGUCCCAAUAGAACAAAAUCCCUAUGCACAUUAAGGGUUAAUAAGUGUAUAGGGUUUUAGAGAUUUUACCUUUCAGCUUAAAGAAGCAAGGUGAAUUGUUAUUGUAGGACUCACCUAAGAGGUUUUGCCUUGAGGUGGCAGGUGAGCUUAUCUUUAAUGGCCAUUUGAGUGAUACUAAAAAAAAAAACCCUCCAGUUAUUUAAAUAUGCAUAGGGAUUUGGGGCAGUGCCGAAGUAACUUUUUCUUUGGAACUAAACUUUGUUUGCCUUUAAGCUGCAGUGAUUUUGUAGCGGAGCCCUAGUCCUAGCAGGGACUCUACUCCGCUGGUUUCUCCAACAUACACUCAGGAACAAGUAGAAUGCUCCAAAACAGCCAAACACAGUAAAAAUACUCCAGAAAUCUCCCACCUCUUCCCCAGCAACUGUACGGCACACCGCUCUGGGGGUAUAACUGAUUUUAAUGGAGCCACACACGGUGAAUGAGAGAAUCUCCAUGCAAGGGGUUUCCAAAUACACAUUCCAGGGGCAUUCCCCACUGAGAGUAGACUAAGACAAAAUACACAACAUAAUUACAUUAACUCAGGUCCAGGACAUGUAUAAUAAUAAUCACCCCAAAACAUACAGUUUCUCACAAGAUACCCCCUUAAAUCCUAUAUCCCUGGAUAGCUUGGAUCUGAGAGCCCAAUAUAUCCAAAAAUCGCUCAGAUCCCACUAAUGCAGCCGAAAGGUCAUCAGCAUAGGCAUGCGCACGGGGUGUGCCUGGGCCCACCCUAAUCACACCUCCGUGUUGCACUGCCUUAGGGCAGAUUUACAUGUCGGGUCCUCGGUCUGACCGAGGACACGACACAGGAGGGGGCCCUGCGGCUUGCCCACAAUGCCGCCAGGUGCGAGGCCCCUCCUGUCAGUCUGCCCUGAUGGAGAUCCAGCCUCAGUCUGCAGCUCCGCCGGGAUUGAGCUGCAGACUGAAGUGUCUCGCGAUCUCCAGCCUAUCAUAGCGUUGCUGCGGGUUACCACGGCAACGCUCUGACUGACUGGAGAUCGCGAGACUCACCAUGUGGUCUAAAGCUCACUCCCGGCGGAGCUGCAGACUGAAGAGAGAGGGCGCCCACUGGACCACCAGGGAAGGUAUUUAAACCCUGUGCCCCCUGUCACUGCCCCUCUACCCCCCAACCCCUGUUACUGCCCCUCCACCCCCCUAAUCCCUGUCACUGCCCCCCUAACCCCUGUCGCUGACCAUCAGGGAAGGUAUUUAAACCCUCUGCCCCUGUCCUGCCCCUCUACCCCCCAACCCCUGUCACUGCCCCUCUACCACCCCAACCCCCCUAACCCCUGUCACUGCCCCCCUAAUCCCUGUCACUGUCCUUCUACCCCCAACCCCUGUUGCUGUCCCUCUACCCCCCAACUCCUGUGGCUGCCCCUCUACUCCCCACCCCUGCCGCUGCCCCCCCUACCCCCUGUGCCCCUCCCCCUGUGCCCACACAGUGCACCCCUCACAAUCAUACACACUGUACCCCACACACACUGUACCCCUCACAAUUACACACACUGUACCCCUCACAAUCACACCACACUGUACCUUUCACAAUUACACACACACACUGUACCCCUCGCAAUCACACACACUGCACCCCUUACACGCUGCACUGCUCACAAUCACACUGUACCCCCUGCAAUCACACACACUGCACCCCUUACAUGCUGCACUGCUCACAAUCACACACACACUGCACCACUCACAAUUACACACACACUGCUCACCUAUGUGUAUUUGUAUAUAUAUAUAUAUAUGUGUGUAUGUAUGUAUGUACGCGGCGUGUGUGUUUGUGCUUUAGGGUGCACACCCUAAUGCAACAGGCUGCGCACGCCUAUGGCUAUCAGGGUAUAAUUUAGGCCAACCGCACACGAGGUGCCUGCCCAAAAAAGUUCCAUGAAAUUAGGCUGUGCGAUCGGUCUCUUUCGGUAGUAUCAAAUAGGCGAAAGAUAAGACAUAAACUGUUCGUGAAGACAUUUUUUCUGUGUAUCUUGUUCGGGAGUUUGCUCCCCCCGAACACCACUCUGUUCAUCUGAAUCCCCACGAACAUAACAGAGGGUGGAAGUCACAGCGGUGUCGAGUGUCCGAUUUUAGUUCCAUGCACUCGACGACCAAACACCGCUGUCUCUGUUCAUGGCUAAAGAUGGCCGCUGCCACGGGUUACACACACGAAUGGCAGCCAACCGCUUGGAAUGCAGGUUAUUGCGGUUGGUGGAGGUGUGAACAUAAAUUACUAGGGUUAAUGAGCGGCACACUCCACAUAUGGGUGGUCUGGCGUUCGUUAAUUUUUUCAGUUGUCGAACAAGAUGCUGUUAAUAUGCGAGGUGGCUGCUAUUUUACCAAACGGCCAGACGAACAGAGGAAAGAACAAGAUGAUCCAGGGACUAUGAGCACGAAACAUAGGAAAUAGGGGGGACAAGAUACGGACAGACCAUAGCAGGAAUAAGGAUAAUAGUCCAAGGUUCAUUCCGCUACAGAUUUCUUUUUUCUGUGCAUCAAUACCUUUGCAAUAAGGCAAAUUAGUGAAUGUGCUGUGAGUGAUUACUUUGACCUUCUUUGUAAGCUUUUUCACACAAAAAAAGAGUUAAAAUCUCACAGGGCUCUAGACCGGUUACCGGUUUCCCGCUCACUCUUUACUCUUGAUAUAAAAAUGUUGAAUGGUGAUAAUAGUGGCCAAGCAUCCUCACGUUAUCCGGUAUCUUACCGUCUAGUCCUUAGGUGAGCAGGCAUCUUUGGUUAACUUAUAGUUAAUAAGCUAUGCUUCUACAGCGCCGCUUCCCAAUUGGUGUUCAGCGAGAACAAAACUGGGGCCCCUGUUGUAUGGGAUGCUGAGAGGAAGUGUCAGCACUUCCUCCCAGACAGAGCGCACGGGCUGGAGGGAGAGAGGGAGUAGCGGGAACUGAGCUGCUGCCGACCUCGCACACCAACCUCAGUCAGCAGCACUAAAGGAAGUCACUCUUACAGAAAAAAGGUAAGUGAACAGGAGGGUGACUGCAAAUAUAAACAUAUGAGUCAGUGUGUGUGUGUGUACCUGUGUCAGUUUGUGUAUCUGUCAGUGUGUGUAACUGUAUGUCAAUGUGUAUCUGUGUGCCAUUGAGUGUGUGUGUGUGUGUGUGUGUGUGUAUAUAUAUAUAUAUAUAUAUAGAUAUAUAUAUAUAUAUAUAGAUAUAGUGUGUAUGUGUCAGUGUGUAUCUGUUUGUAAAUGUGUAAGUAUGUAUGUGACAGUACAUGUACAGAAAUCCCAGCGAUCAACCACCAACACAACACACACUCCUGCAAACACAAACAUGACAUAAAAAGACACCCCUGAAGUCUUACUCCAAAAUUAUAUACAAACACCAAUACUACACCCAAAUGUACAUCCACAUUUGAAAUUCAACACUACAUCCAAACACACCUCUGCACACAAAUGCAAACAUUACAUUCAAACACACCCCUGUAUUAAAAUGCUAAGAUUAUAUACAAACGCCAACUCUACACACAGAAACACACUGCUAUAAAAAUAACAAAAUAAAAUCCCAAAUUCCCCAAUAAGGGACAAAGCAGCAUGCCUAACCUUUCCCAAGUCCAUCCAUAAAUAUUGCUAUUCACCAGUCCUAUCAAUGGUUCCGUGGGAGGUGUUUCUUCCUCAGCUGCGGCCACUUCAUCUUCUUUAUUCAUCCAUAAUUCUUCCAGAUGUUUCCCAUCAGUUUCGCCCAUCGCGUCACCUCUGUGUGAACCGGAAGUGAUUCCAUGCGGCUGCCAUUUUAGUUCCAGUUUGUUUCCAAGACCUGGGGUAUGUGGAGAAUGAGGGCAUAUAUAGUAAUUAAAGGGACACUGUAGGCACCCAGACCUUUUCAGCUCAUUAAAGUGGUCUGGGUGUUGUGUCCCUUUUGCACAUAGUGCUGCAAUGUUAAAUCUCAGAUUUUUUUCCCCUUAAGAAAGCAUUGAUUCAAUGCUUUCCUAUUUGGAGGUCUAAUGCACGCGCUGCAUUUUCUGCACAUGCACAUUAGAGCUCGCUCGCCACGGAGCUUGGACCCAGCGCCGAGGGACAACGGCACUGGGAUCAGGUAAAUAAGUAAUGGGUUUUAACCCUUUAUUUAUCAAGUAGGAGGGGACGCAAGGGAGGGGGCAGUCAGAGGGAUCGGUAGUGCCAGGAAUAAAGCUUUGUAUUCCUGGAACUGCAGUAUCCCUUUAAAUGUCCCUCUUCACUGAAGCCUAUUUUAUCCACUUUAUAAUAUCGUAGAUAUCAGAAAUUUUAGGCAGUGGAAAGAGAAAUAGUGAAGACUAUAUGAACUGCCUUCUGCAUUACCUGGUUUCGAGAAUAGUGGAUAUGACUAUUUGAUCUCUGGUAGCUUAAUAUUUCACCACGUAUGACUUCUAAAGUUAUGUGUCAUUCUUUGAUACUUAUAUGCCUGUCUUUGUUACAUCAUUGCAUCCUUUCAUUUCCAGGUGUUGAGGUAUAAUAUUUCAGUUCUUAGAUCCCUUAUGGAAAAGUGUCUACAAAAAGUUAAGCAACAGAAAUAGAUUAGUACAGGGGUGCCCAAAAGGCAGAUCCCCAGAUGCAGUGGCGUACAUGCAGGGGUCGGCCACCCUGCGACCCGGUAUGUAUGCCACUGUGGCCAGUCUCUUCUCCUGGGUGGCCCAGGAGCUGGCCACCUCAUGAUCCCCCGAGGCUGGCCCUGGUGUCACCCGGCAGGCAGGCUGGCGGGCGCGUGAGGGAGCACUCUCCCCUGAGAGAGAUGACAUCAUAUUCCGGCUCCGGCAUCAGUACGCGGCGUGCGAGGGAGCUGAACAGGAAGCACUCAGGAGAGAGUGUUCCCUCGUGUGCCCGCCAGCCUGGAAUUCACUAUCUUAUUUAAAUUUAUGCAUUAUGUGGGUAAUGCAUUUACCCCCUUCAGAUGAUGCGUCAGGACCAGGGAUGUGAAGUCGAUACACACAACCUUCGACUCCUCAAUUCAUGGUAACUCCAACUCAUAUUAUUUUACACUAGUAGCCAAAAUUGUGGGAAUCUUUUGGAGAAUUUGUAUUUCUGUAUUUCAGAGCUAGUAGACAUUAUUACAACGUGUGGCUUUUCGGGGUCGAUUUAUAUGCCAGCUAUAUAUCUUAGAUUUAGUCAGAACUUUAUAUUUUUUUUUUUUUAAACUUCAUCAACUCCAGCAAGCGGAAAUUGCUUCCUACUCCACAGCCACGGUUAGAGCUGUAAAGAUAUCAGGAUUUGUCAGUACUUUUGAAGAACAAUGCUAGGUCAUCUAAUUUAUAUUACACCUCUGCCACAGCACAGAUCAUUCUUUCACAUUUCCAGUCUUACAUAAUGCAUUUUGUUAAUAGAAAACUUAGAGCAAUACUUUGCAAUGAAAUAAGAAUAAAUUACGUAGAAAGCACUUAUUUAAAACAAUUUGGUUUCAAAACUUUGAAUAGUUAUUUAUUUAUAUACAUGUUGCGUAGGACUCUAAUGAUGGUAUGAAAACGUGUGCUUUUUUUAAUAUAUACUAUCUUACUACAAUUUUUUUAUUGUAUAUAAAACAUUAAUUUUGCCUCUUAUAUGUUCAUAUUCUACAUUUUACUCUGAUAUAAUUUGGAAUACUAUCCAUCACUAUGCUGCUAAUCUGAACGAAGGGACUCAACUACUGGUGGUUGUACUCAAAACACAACGCAAUUCUAGGAAGCAUAAGUAGCCCAGAGCUCAAAAUCUUGACUUGUCAUUGUGGAGGUAAAAUAAGCCAAUUCAUGUCAGAACCUAAAUAAAACUACUGUGGCUGCAAUUUAUCUUGCAAAACCAGUUUUCAUGUUUUUACAAAUGAAAAAGUAGCCAGGGCCUCAAGCUGUACAAUGUUUAAUAGAAAUACAAGGGCAAGGGCAAGGUUUAGCUGAGAAAGCUUCCUUCUGUUCAUUGUAGAAGCAGCAGAAUCCUGUGCAUAUGCAGCAAACUAUUAGAAUAUAUAUAUUUUUUCUUUCAAUUAUACAUUCAGUAUUGCAUUAUUUACAUAAAAGAGAGGCUGCCUCAGGCAUUUAUUAUUAUUAUUAUUAUUAUUAUUCAAAGUGAAUAUUUACUAGAUAGUUAAGAUUUGUUUCCCCAGAUUAGAUUCUUUUCAGUAUCGAUUUGGUAGCAAGGAAAGGAUGCAUGUAUUAAGUGUCAUACUGUAAUGGAUAUACAAUGAUGUGAUGUCAGCGUAAAAUAGACCGGCCAUCUGCAAAGCAAAAACACUUUAUACUAAUUACUAGACCACUACAAAAUUGUGCAAACAUCUAAAAAAGAUUAACGUACACUGAAAUCAACCCAGAUAUAUUGUCCUAGUAAUUUUACCCAUAUGUCCAUGGAACCUUCAGAGGAAUGAUGCAAAAGGAUCCAGGAUUAUUUUAGAGGUACAAUAUCCAACUGCCCAAAGUCAAGACAUGCAAACCAUCAAGCAAUCAGCCUUGAUUAAGCCACAACAUUUCUUCAUCAUUGUUACUUUCGGCUGACAGGAAAUUAAAGUGUCAUACUCUAGUGGUUAUGAUUGAGACCUGAGAAGGAAAGUGCAAAAGCGGAAGUCCUUUUAAAGGGAAUAGUGUGGUAGUAUGAUGUAAGAGCCCAUCGUAGUGCAUUGGUAAAGGUUUGGACUGUGUUCAUGAAAGAUUUAUGGGUUCAAUCAAUAACAGAACACAGGUAUCACUUGAUGUUCACCUCCACUCACAUAAAGCACAGAUUAGGCCAAGAGUCUCAACUCCCAUCAAAAAAGAGGCGAAGGAGCAAUCAAGCUAUCAAUAACGUUUCCAAGGAUAUUGUUCUCUGUUGUUUUUUGUUGUUGUUGUUUGUUUUUUUGUGAAGUGACAUAUGUACAUUGUGUACAGUUUGUGCAUUCCAACAGUUACACAUCGACUUAGGCGAUAUAGAUAUUUUAACAAGCAAUGAUAUAUGCAAAAGUUGUUGAGUAGUGAUGUCCCGAACGGCGAACAUAUGACCCUGUACCUCACAGUCAGCAGACACAUUCCAGCCAAUCAGCAGCAGACCCUCCCUCCCAGACCCAAUCAGCAGCAGACCCGCCCUCCCAGGAGGUCGGAGGGUCUGCUGCUGAUUGGCUGGAAUGUGUCUGCUGACUGUGAGGUACAGGGUCAUAUGUUCGCCGUCCGCAGCGAACCGUUCGGCGAACCGUUCGGGACAUCACUAUUGUUGAGACAUUUCAACUGCUGAAUAAUAAAAUCUUGCAAUGGGUUACAUUUUUGGCUUUGUUGAGUUGCAUACAAGGAGCUGUAUAGCAUGAAAUAGAAAAACAAAUGUUUGCUUUAGGGCAAAGUAAAAUGUCAGGGAUAUAUGAAACUGGGAAGGUGGAGCAACCCCCAUUGAGAUUAGUUGUGCUGCAUCUACAUUAUAGGGACACUAUAGUCACCAGAACAACUACAGCUUAUUGAAUUUGUUCUGGUGAGUAGAAGCAUUACCUUCAGGCUUUUUGCUAUAAACACUGUCUUUUAAGAGGAAAUAGGGGCAGGUCUAUUAAACAGUGAGCAGCCUGUGGCUGCUCACUGUUAAAAAAAAAAAUAUAUAUAUAUAUUUUAACCCCCCCAGCUGAUUAGGGGUCCCCAAAGUCACCGCCUCCCCCAAAAAAUAACCCCUACCUACCCCCUCACCCUAAAAAUAAUGAGGGGGGACCAUAAGCUAGAUACCUGUAAACAGGGCCGCCGUCAGAAAUUUUGGAGCCCAUGACAAAGCACAAGGUCUGGGCCCCCCCCCACUCCCUCCCUCCCUCCCGGGCCCGCCCACGCCCUACCUAGUCCGCUCACAAUGAUGGAGGACAGAAUGUGUUGUGUAUAGUGGAAGUGAAUUAGAAUGUGUGUAAUGGAUGUAGUGUUUGUGUGUAUUAGAUACUGUUUGUGCAGUGAAUGCAGAGUGUGUGUUUGUGUAGCCGAUGCAGUGUGUAUAGUGAACGCAGAGUGUAUUUGAGUAGUGGAUGUAGUGUGUGUUUGUGUAGUGGAUGUAGUGUUUGUAUGUACUAGAUGAAAUGUGUUUAGUGGAUGCAGUGUCUGUAGUGUGUGUAUUAGACGCAGUGUCUGUGUAUAGUGAAUGCAGAGUGUUUCAAUUUGUGGUGGAUGUAGUGUGUGUACUGUGAAUACAGGAUGUUUGUGUAGUGGAUGCUGUGUGUACAGUUAAUGCAGAGUGUGUGUCAGUAUAGUGAAUCCAGAGUGUGUGCAUAGUUUAGUGAAUGCAGAGUGUGUGUUAGUGUGUAAUGAAUGCAGAGUGUGUCAGUGUAAUGAAUGUAGUGUGUGUGUUAGUGCAGUGAAUGCAGAGUGUGUGUUAAUGUGUAGUGAAUGCAGAGAGUGUGUUAGUGUGUAGCGGAUGCAGAGUGUGUGUUGGUGUAGUGAAUGCAGUGUUAAUGUGUAGUGAAUGCAUAGAGUGUGUUAGUGUGUAGCGGAUGCAGAGUGUGUGUUGUGUUAGUGUAUGCAGUGUGUGUGUGUGUUGUGUUAGGGUAUGCAGUGUGUGUGUUUUGUUAGUGUAUGCAGUGUGUGUGUGUUGUGUUAGUGUAUGCAGUGUGUGUGUGUGUUGUGUUAGUGUAUGCAGUGUGUGUUGUGUUAAUGUAUGCAGUGUGUGUGUGUUGUGUUAGUGUAUGCAGUGUGUGUGUGUGUGUUGUGUUAGUGUAUGCAGUGUGUUGUGUUAGUGUAUGCAGUGUGUGUGUGUGUGUGUUGUGUUAGUGUAUGCAGUGUGUGUGUGUGUGUAUAUGUGUGAUCUGGGGGGGGAGUGGGGAGGAAGGGGCAUUUUAACAUUAAUUUUUUAUUAAUUUAAUUAGAUGUUUCUCCCCCCUCCCUGCUUACCUGUGUCCAGGGAGGGGGGAGAUUCCAUCCCUGGUGGUCCGGUUGGGGGGGCCCCCGGCUUCCUGUUACCGCAGAGGGGGCCCAGGCAGCACACAGCUUCUCCUCUCUUCUCUCUUCUAAUAACGCUCGCGAGACCCGGUUACCAUGGCAACGCUCCGCGGGUCUCGCGAGAGUUAUUAGAAUAGAGAAGAGAGGAGAAGCUGUGUGCUGCCUGGGCCCCCUCUGCAGUAACAGGGAGCCGGGGGCCCCGCGGCUGCACACAUAGAUGGCGAUAUUCGCUACCUAUGUGUGCAGAAAGGGAAAGUGGGGCCCAGGACGGCCAGAGCAGUCCGGGCCCCCCAGGGCCGCCGGGCCCGUGACAACAGUCACGGUUGUCACCCCCUGAUGGCGGCUCUGCCUGUAAAAAAAAAAAAAACACCAUUUAAUGUCUUCUUUCUUCUAAAAACAAAAAAACCUGAGCGCAAAAAAAAUAAUCCUUCUUCACCCAUGGAGGGCUCCACGAAGACUGAGUUCUGCAGGGAGAGGGAAGGCUUAUAAAGCCUUGCCCCGUCCUGCAAUUAGGCUCAGAGAACUCUGGUUGGUUGGUUUAAGCCAUCCAAUCAGAGUGCUCUGACAGGUAAAUGAAGAGACUGACAGGUAAGUCUCUACAUUUACCUGUCACAGCACUCUGAUUGGUUAGCUGAAAGACCAAUUUAGGUCUUUCAGCCUUUUGGUAGAUAACUCCCUAAUACCAUGGGAAUUAGGGAGUUAUCUACUAAGCGGCUGCAAGUUAAGUUCCGAAUCGCCGAAGUCCCGAAUUUCGGAAUGCCGAACUGAAAAUUUUCCCCAUGCACAUCCCUACUAGUUGGUUCCCCUGGACUGCAACAAUGCAUACAAUUGGGAAAUUCCUCUGCUGAUUGUUCACCUCUAGCACACAGGAUUUUGAAGGAAGCCAGUUCCAUGUGUACCAAAUGCUUUUCUCCAAUCUGGGCAUAAAAUGCCCAUACCUGGAAACAGCGGAGUCUUUGUAGGGCUGAUGGUGCUUUUUUGUGCAUCAUGUCAGGCAACGGUUUCAACAAAGUUGAAGUACACCAUUGGUGUAGGUAUAACCAAUCGGAAUCCCCAAAGUUGCGCAAAUCAGCAGCAGACAAUUCUUCCACUAUUGCUGAAUUGAACACCAGUGGCGUCAGCGAGCAGGGUAUUGCCAUAGGUUGUUGUUUUAGUCUCAACGAAUUCUGUACAUUUAUUGAUGCACCAGUGAAAGGAUAAUGCAUGAGGAGAUGGUCUUGUGUAGAUUCAGGUUGCCAAAUUGUCACCAUGCAACUUCCCACUUGCCUGUCCUCUCUCUAACUGCAUCCAUUUUUUAGUCAGGGGGCUUACGUGGACGCGGACCACAUGUUAUAUUAUGAUAUGAGAGUGGACCAAGUCAAAUGCAACCCCCCUUCCCCAAUGUUGUGUGGCUUUGCAAUAUGUUAUGAGUCGCUGGUAGUGCCAAUUCCCCUUAAAUGCUUCGGGAGCUGUAUUAGUGUUCGACAAACUUUAGGUGUUCCUCCUUUCAAAACAAACACUGUUAUAGCAGUCAACCACCUGAAAAAAGGCCAGUGGAAAAUAAGAGGGAGCAACCUAGGCAGGAGGUUGAUUUUGAUGGCAUUUAAAAGCCUGAACCAAGAAACACAUAGGACUCCCCCACCGAGCAUUUUCCAUCCCUAGAGUCUGUAAUAUGGUUGUUAAGUUAUCUUUGUACAAUAGGUCCAACUUUUCUGUAAACCAUAAGCCCAGGUACCAUAUUUUACUAGUGCACCACAUGAACUUAGAGGUCUCACAGGUGUUGCACCACCCUCUCUGCCAUUGCUAUCAGCAGUGCCUAUGAUUUAUCAGUGUUGAGUUUAAGGUUUGACAAUUCACCAUAUUCUGCAAAAGCCGAGAAUUUCAGUCUAAGUUUAGCUCCCAUAAGAUUUUCGAAUGUCCUAAUAACCACUAGAGCAGAGCUCUGAGAAAAGUAAGUCAAUAAUUUCCAUUAUUGAGAUGAAAUUCGUCUUGCAGUAAAAAAAAAAAAUAUGGCUUGCAGAGACAGAGAUCUAGUGGUGGAGAUGCUCAACGGUUUUGGUUGGAUUGUAAAUAAACAAAAUAGUUUUCUGUUUCUUCCUCAAAGUAUUCAGUUUUUGUCAGGCAUUUAAAGCAAAUGUUCACAAAGUCAGGGCCACUGAGGCCUACUGCUAGCUACUUCAUAUUGGGGUUUAAUGUGUAUGUAGGUAGCUGAGUGAAGGGUGAUGACCCUGCCCCUUCCCAAUUCUACUGCUUAAUACUUCUUGGCACAUUCGCAGUUACUUGCAGACACACACACAUGCAUGCAAACGUGUGCGCGAGCGCAGACAUGUACACUCAGAAACACACAGGCAUAGUCAGGCAGACACAGACAGGUACACAGGGCACAGUCAGGCAGACACAGACAGGUACGCACACCCACAGUCAGGCAGAGACAGACAGGUACAAACAGAUAGGCAGACACAGACAAGUAUGCAGGCAUGAAUAUACAUUAUAAAAACUAUUUCUUUAAGUACAAGGUGUGUCUAAUGAUCCCUGAUAAUCCCCGUCUUCCGUUAUUAGGUUUUUUUUUAUUUUUAUUAAACUGUUGGUUUUGUCUUGUAUGGUAUUCUGAGUACACUCUACUCAGCUGACUUGCAGACACAUAUGCAGUAGCUAACAGUAGACCUUACCAGCCCUGGCUUUCAAAAAUUUGCUUUAAACCCCUAAUACUUAGGGGCAGCAAUAAAUACUCUCAAUUUGCCCAAAAUUUCCUUUCGGCAGGAGGUAACAAUAACAUACCACAUCAUAUAGACAUGGGCAUCUUCUGCAAAUAAAUGUUUCCUAACGAAAGUGAUCAAGAAGCCAUGUUUCUUUCAAAUGUAAUAGAUUUGACCUGCUGUAAUACCGAGCACUAGGGACCCAACCACCUGUACACUGACCUCUCUCCAUGUCCCCUCUGAAGUUUAAUUGCAGUUUGUUCACACUGUUCCUGCUCUCUGCUCUACCUGCCCACGCUGGUAUCUUCAACGGGGCUCAGCCUGGAGUGGAAAAAAUAUGACACUCUAUCAUAUUACCUGUAUUUCUGUUAUUGCACUAGUCUUAGACUCACUGAGGAGACCAGAGGUGGGCAGGGAGAACAGAGCAGGGGAAGAAGGCCAACAAGAUCUGGGUCUAUAGGGGCCACAUUCAGGACUUGAGCCCCCCAGUCCCUAUUAUCGUAGCCCCUCCCCUGGUUUACAGACACAUUACUCUAUUUUUGCUGUGCAGCUCUGUUAUACACCAAGACCCACCUGCAAUAUACAUCUCAUAGAAAAGUGGGACAUUAGGAUAAGAAAGUGCUACAGAGGGAUUUGGGUCUAACACUGGGACUGUCCCUCCUACAUAGGAACACUUGGGCGGUAUGACUUAACACCCUCAAAUAUCUUAAUAAUAUAUAUCAUGGUUAGUAUUGAUAAUCUAUCCAUUCACAAAUGGUUUUAUAUGCAUAAUAGUAUCCUUGUUGUCAACUGGAGAGAUUAGUGGGUGUUUUUCUGUUUGUUUUUUUGCUUCUUCAGUGUUUUUGACUUUAAAUCACAGCCUAUCCCACAUGAACACACAUCAUUAAAGUGCUGAAAGGCAGCCGCAGAAACCUAGAUCUUGGCAGCAGAUUAACAAUAACUGGAACAUCUAGUCAGACCAUUCCUUAUUAAGAAAGCAUAAACUUAUCUUUGUGGUUAUAAUUUUUUUGUUCCCUCUCUCUACAGUAUGUAAACCUUUCCAUAGAAACCGGACAUAGGAAACAUAAACGCAUGUUUGUGCUGGUUAUUUUUUUCCGGUCUCUCUCUCUCAUUUUUUUUUUAAUUCUUUAAUUUUGUUGCAAAUACAUGGAUGCAAAUUCAGACAAACUUGUAGUGCCACAACAGCAUCAACAAGCAUGGCAACACAUAAUAUUCAAAAAGAACGGAACUUUGAAAAUUCUGUACAAUUUGUAUUAUGUAAUAAACAGGCUAAUCACACAUUUCUAGGUUUCAUUACUAACUGCAGAAAAACUAAUAUUUUAGAAAAGACAUGGUAGGGUAGGAAUAGGUUAACAGCAUAAUAUACCACCCUAAACCGCCAUAGAGACAAGUUGGAGAUAUGCUACAUAAAUGGGAGCACAGAACAUUGCAUUUUUUUAUCUGGAGCUAUUUAACAUAGAGUACAGGUAAGGAAGAACAAAAAUAGCUUGGGUCUAGUAGAUAACAAGAAUGAGCGUGUAAGAUACAGAAGAUUGGAAGAUAAUAUGCAACCAGAGGCUCAAACAUGGCGGUCAGCCUAUCUGCAGUACACUGUUGCUGAGUAAUCGCGCUCAGUGGUGGUGAUUCUCAGUUGGCAGGUGCUCACGGGAGACACCAGGGUCAAGACAGACCCUGACAGGGUCUACAUGCAUGUCCACAUGCCGAUUGUGGGCGCCUAGCAGUGAUCACAGUAAAAUUGGCAUGGAAAGCAUGGUGGUCACAGACCGCUACUGUUUUCACUAGUAAACUCAUCUACUGAUAAUAUAAAACAAAUUUUACACAAUAGCGUGCAGAACACACAAAGUGUAGGGGUGGUAGUAAAAAGUAACAGUGCAACUCCACAGUGUUUUAAAACCACUUAAAAAACACAGAUAACAUACAAGUAAAAGAUAGAGAUAGAGGAGUGCAAAUACAAAUGUAUAUGGUAUACUUAGAGACACUGGUCAGUCCUUCAGAUGUAACCUAUAUACAAAAAGAUCCAAACAUAGUAUAAUACUGUUUUUCCAAAUAAUAUAGUAAAUAAAUGUGGAUUUUUCACUCACACUUUGCAGAGCCACGUAUAGUAGGCUCUGACUAUAGUUGCUCUUUGGUAAUUCCCUGGUGUAUUAAACUCCACCACGCCUUCAGGAUUCUCCACUUGGAUCAGGAUACAGGAGAUAUAAAAAUUCCAAAACAGAGUGGGGAUACUUUUCGAAAUUUAAUAAUAUUCAGGGACAUAUAUAAAGUGCAUAAGACAAAAUAGCAGCACUAUAUAUGCAAAGACAUCUAUAAAGUGCAUAAAAAGAAUAACACUAACGCGUUUCGACUAAAAUAAAGUCUUUUUCAAAGUGCAUAAAGUAAUGGUCGCCAUGUUGGGUAUUUAUAUCCUCACUGAUGUUCUAAUUUGGCGCCCAAACAUCUCCGUCGUGGUGUCCUCCUCCUACUUCCUGGUUCCGGCGGGCGGCUUCCACGUUCCCGCCCUUUUUCACGUCACGUUGCGUCUGACGUCAGACGUUUUUCGCCGGACCGGAAGUACUUCAUAUUGAGUUCAUGAAGCUAUUGCAGCCAUAUUUGAACGUUCUUAAAUCAUAUAGUCUGAAUAAAGAGGUUCUGACACUAAUCUUUCUUCAAAUUUAUGUGUCUCUUAUCCUAAAACUUAUUUCAUUAUAAUCAUACAUUUGAAUAUCCAAAACAUAAUUACAUAUAUCAAAAUCUAAUUAAUAACAUAUUAUAUAAAAUACAAGAGGAGAUAAAAAACGGAGAGAGAGAGAAAUUUAGGGGGAAAGAGAUAUUAUUAAUCAAAAAGAUAUAAAAAACAAUAUAGUUGGAAAGUAUAUAAUGUUAAAAAAGUGUGUAUAUUAAUAACCUUAAAUAAAAUAUUUAAAUAAGUACACUCAUCUCAAAAUCCAUAUUGAGACCUUUGGGUGAUAGUGUAUCCAAAUUAAAAAUCCAGCCCAUUUCACAUUUACUUAGGUUAGAAUUAAUGUCACCCCCUCUCCAAUGCUUAGUCACAGCUUGAAUUCCAUAAAACUUGAUUCCACUUGGGUCUUGAUUAUGAUGUUCUAAAAAAUGUAAAGAAACACUAUGUGUUUUGAAUCCUUUUUUAAUGUUGUAUAUGUGUUCCCGCACCCUCGUGGCCACACACCUGGACGUCUUGCCCACAUAUUGCAGGCCACAAGGGCAUUCUAGCACAUACACAACAUUUUUAGUUUUACAGGAAAUAAAGUUUUCUAUCUUAUGUUCUUUUAGGUUAACAUUGGAGUGGAAGGACAGUAUCUUCCUUUCUUUUAUUUUAGAUGUUCUACAUCCCAUACAGCUACCACAGAAAUUAAAUCCUUUUAAUAAAGCUUUCUGACUAUUUAAAAAAUUAUUGUCAGUUUUUUCAAUAAAACUCGAAGUUAAAAUCUGUUUGAGAUUUUGUGCCCCCCUAUAUAUAAUUUUUGGUUUCUCCCCUAUAUAGGGUGUAAUGUCAUCAUCCUGUUUAAGUAAAUGCCAAUUUUUGUUGAGAAUACGUUUUAGUUUAGAAUGAUUUUUAUUAAAAUUAAAUAUUAGUGGGAUCGUAUCUUCAUGUUUGUUAUCUUUCUUUUGUUGGUAAUUUAACAGUUCUUCUCUUUUUAAUUUUCCAAUUUCUUGAAUAGUAUUUUCAAGGUUUUCAUUUUUAUAGCCUUUUUCUAAAAAUUGUCCUUUCAAUGUAGAGGCCUGCAGGUUAUAUUUUUCUAUUUCCGAGCAGUUCCUUCUCAGUCUAAGGAACUGACCUCUCGGAAUAUUGUCCAACCAAGGUGGAAAGUGACAGCUCCCCUUUUCAAUAAAGCUGUUCACAUCCACCUGUUUAAAAAAGGUGCAGGUUUCAAUUUUAUCUUUCUUUAUAUAAAUAUUCAGGUCUAGAAAAUCAAUCGUUUGGUUAUUUAUUACAUGAGUUAGUUUAAUAUUCCACUGAUUGAUAUUAAGAUAAUUUAAAAAAUCUAAAACCAAUGAUUCAUCACCAUUCCAAAUAAAAAAGAUAUCAUCAAUGUAUCUUCUAUAGAGGACCAGGUUCGCAACCCAGUCAUGCUGGGAAAAAACAAACUGUUCCUCCCAGAAGGCCAUAAAAAGAUUAGCAUAACUGGGGGCGAACCUGGUCCCCAUAGCCGUUCCUCUACACUGCAGAUAAAAAUCCCCCUCAAACCAAAAAAAAUUGUUGUUUAAAAUCAAUUGAAUAGACUCUAAUAUAAAAUCAAUUUGCAACUCCGAAUACAUUUUUGAAUUUUGGAGGAAGGAUCUUGUUGCUUCGCAGCCUUUAUCAUGUUGAAUACACGUAUAGAGGCUGGCCACAUCACAUGUGACAAGCAAGAAAUCCUUUUCCCACUUAACAUCUUUUAAAAUCUGUAGUAGACUCAUAGAGUCUUUAAGAAAGGAGGGACAUGUCUUAACUAUCGGUUGUAAAAAGGUGUCAACAUAUUUGGAUAGGGGUGAUAAUAAUGAUCCUAUCCCUGAGACUAUAGGUCUCCCGGGUGGAUUCUGUAUAUUUUUAUGUAACUUUGGCAAAACAUAUAUAACGGGUAUUCUUGGGCAUUCUGUAUUUAGAAAUUUAUAUUCCUUUAGCGUUAAGAUGCCCUUUUGUAGACCCCUAUCUAAGAUUUUUAUAUAUUCUUUCCUUAUUUCAAUUGAAGGAUCAUUUUUAAGCUUUUUAUAUGUUUCUUUAUCGUCUAAUUGUCGUUUAAUCUCCGCUAUAUAUGACUCUUUAUUUAAGAGCACCACCCCUCCCCCCUUAUCGGCGGGUUUAAUCACUAUGUUUUUAUCUUUUUUUAAAUCAAUCAUUGCUUUUUUCUCUUUGAUAGUCAAGUUGUUUUGAUAUUUAUUAUUUUGAACUUUUAUUUCUUUUAUAUCCUUAAUACAUGCUUUCUCAAAAACCUUCAUUUCUUUGGAUUUUAAAUAAAUAGGAUAAAAUUUAGAGGGGUUCUUUAAAUCUGUGUGAUGAAAUUCAUUGGUCUCCUCAUUAGUCUCAACAUCUGAGUGUGAGUGAAAAAUCCACAUUUAUUUACUAUAUUAUUUGGAAAAACAGUAUUAUACUAUGUUUGGAUCUUUUUGUAUAUAGGUUACAUCUGAAGGACUGACCAGUGUCUCUAAGUAUACCAUAUACAUUUGUAUUUGCACUCCUCUAUCUCAUCUACUGAUAACAUUAGUGUAACGGAUCACCUGGCACCCCGACUGGGUACCUCCGUUGAAGGAUGCCCUAGCGCUUCCUGAGGACUCCAAGCACUGCAGCAGACACCACAACCACCGCAGAUUCCGCAACCGCUGUAGCUUGACUGGAGUCUCGCCGUCUUCCUUCCACCCUGGAUCAGCUUCUGUCCUCCAUGACCGUGUGGGAAAGACCUCUUCCUUCCACCCUGUACGAACCUCCAGCAUCCAGGACUGUGCGGGGAAGACCUCUCCUCCAAGGAGAGCGUGUCAGGAACAAGCUCUUAAAAGAGCUAAGUGAUUCAAGCUCAGGGGAGAAUGCAGAGCAUAGCAAUCCCCAGUGUGAUUAUAACAGCUCCCUCCAAUAACGAGACAAGGCUACGUUUAGAGGGAUCAAGAAGAACUGUCUAAACCUUUAUUUCCCUUGGGACCAGCCCAUAGGGUCACCACAUUAACAUUGCUGUGAAAACUCAAUAAAAUCACAAACAGUCAAACCAUAGCAGGCAAUACAUUACACAGUACACACACACACUAUGAACAAUUACAUUACACACAACCUGCACCUAUAAUGGGUACAGGGUGACUAAAACAUAAGAGAAAUAAAGAAACCUACAUAAAUAGUCUGUCUGAAGGUAGAAUAGGGGCUUUAAAGCCAAAUACAUCAAAGAGUCAUAGUCACAGGGGAGGAGGCUGGCAAGCAGGCCUCUCCAGGACCAAGUGGCGAAGGGCACUUCGUCACAAUUACUAAUAUUAGCAGAGGGUAGGGAUAGUUGUAGGGUUAGUUUUAGAGUUAGUGUUGGGGUAAAGGAUAAUGCUGUUUUAGGGUUAGGAAUCGUGUAGAGGUAAGGUUAACAUAGGUAUAUGGCUAUCGAAGAAUUGAUAUAGGGUUAGCGUUAACUACUGCUAAAUUGUCAAAAUUGUAAGCUCCUGCUUCUACUCCAUGGCCUGUGGGAUAGGAAUAUAUUAUGAUAUGAGAGUGAACCAAGUCAAAUUCAACCCUCCUUCCCCAAUGUUAGGAGCAAGAAGCUUGUAUAUCCUCUGGAUCCCUCUGGAUCCUGCCCCCACCACCUGUGCUCUGUGAUAGGGAUAGCCUGCCUUUCCCCUAUCCCUCUAAAUUCAGUUCGGCAUAGGGGCAUUUAAAGGGAAAAAAAUCUGAGCUCAACAAUGCAUCUCCGGUCCUUAAAAAAAUCGUUAAAAACCCACUUCUUCAUAAAAGCGUAUCAAUUAAACUAAAUAGCUCCUGACUGAUUCCUCUUCUGCAACUGUCACUAGUCUAAUACUAUCCUUACCUUUUGUGUCAUUUUACCCCACUCCCUCUAGCAUGUAAGCUCAUUUAGCAGGGCUCUCAACCCCUCUGUUCCUGUGUGUCCAGCUUGUCUGGUUACAACUACAUGUCUGUUCGUCCACCCAUUGUAAAGCGCUGCGGAAUUUGACGGCGCUCUAUAAAUAUCAUAAUAAUAAUAAUAAUAAUAAUUACAGACCAUUCAGAGAGAACUGUUUUAGCACUCUCUGCAGGGUCCUAGUGCAUAGAGCUGCAGUGUCCAACAUACGGACCAUGGGCUAAAUGGCCCGCAGAAAAUCGAGAUGCGACCCGUAGGCCCCGGUGCAAUAAUAAAGCAGAACAGGCGGCCCCCUUAGGGUGCACCUGCCUGGAGGGCGCACCCUCUGGGUGACAGUCAGGAGUGAAGUAGACUGCACAGCGCUUCCCUCCUGCCGGUCACUGCAUGUAGCAUGGCUGAGCUGCAGACCGCGGUAGAGAAGCUUCUGAAUCCCACUGAGUACCGAGCUGCUUCCUGGCAGACAGGGGAGAAGGAAAUAGGAGCUUCUCAACCGUGGUCAGCUGCUUGGCCACGCUUCAUGAAAGGAGGGAGGUGAGCUAGCACUUUCACCUGUGUAGCCAAAAAUCCUUGCAUUGGCCCUGCACGUGUCAGUUAAACAUGAAGCAGCUUCGGGUAUACAAAGCGCCACAGAGAGUGUAGUGUGCACAAUCCCUCCUCUACCCUGUGUGUGAUGUCAUGCGCAGGGGUAAGAGGGAAGGAAGACAGAAGUGCACCCGGUAUUAACAUGGAUUACACAGCUAAAAAGCAGACAUUGCAACAUGCAAAACCUCAUUUCAGGGAGGUUGCUUCACCACCUAUUGCGACCAGGGGCGUAUUAGCCGCGAGGCAAACAAGGCAUUUGCCUUGGGCGGCAUUUUCCAGGGGGCGGCAAAAAACGCCGCCCCCAAAUGCCCAGGCAAAUACCUUGUUAGCUUCGCAGCUAACAGACAUGCCGCUCAGAGGAAGAGCUUCCUCGCCAGCCGCCCGCCCAGCCCAGCAGCCCGCACGGCAUGUCUGUUAGCUGCGAAGCUAACAAGGUAUUUGCCUGGGCAUUUGGGGGCGGCGUUUUUUGCCACCCCCUGGAAAAUGCCGCCCAAGGCAAAUGCCUUGUUUGCCUCGCGGCUAAUACGCCCCUGGGCGCAAUAGGUGGUGAAGCAACCUCCCUGAAAUGAGGUUUUGCAUGUUGCAAUGUCUGCUUUUUAGCUGUGUAAUCCAUGUUAAUACCGGGUGCGCUUCUGUCUUCCUUCCCUCUUACCCCUGCGCAUGACAUCACACACAGGGUAGAGGAGGGAUUGUGCACACUACACUCUCUGUGGCGCUUUGUAUACCCGAAGCUGCUUCAUGUUUAACUGACACGUGCAGGGCCAAUGCAAGGAUUUUUGGCUACACAGCUCAGAGGAAGAGCUCCCUCGCCAGCCGCCCGCCCAGCCCAGCAGCCACUGGACCACCAGGGAGAGAGGGAAGUCUGACUGUGUGAGUGUGAGUGUGUCUGCUAGUGUGUGUGUCUGCUAGUGAGUGAGUGUGUGUCUGUUAGUGUGUGUGUCUGACUGUGUUUGUCUGUUAGUGUGUAUGUGUGUGUCUGACUGUGUGUCAGUGAGUGUGUGUGUGUCUGCUAGUGAGUGUGUGUUUGCCUGUGAGUGUGUGUGUCAGUGAGUGUGUGUCUGUUAGUGAGUGUGACUGUUAGUGUGUGUGUGUGUUUCUGUUAGCGAGUGUAUGUGUAUCUGUCAGUGAAUGUGUGUGUGUGUAUUUAGAAGGCGGGGCGGGGGGAAGGGUUGGGGGGGGCGCCUGAGUUUUGUCCUGCCUUGGGCAGCACAAAACCAGGAUACACCACUGAUUGCGCCCCACACCUCACUAGACACCGAACAUGUAUGAACAAGGACAGGACAUUUUAUUAUGACAGAACACAACUAUUUAACAACAUAUUGCAACUAUUUACAUACACUAUUAACACACCGACACAUGCACACACUUUGACACACAGAUACACACAUUGGCAUAUACUGACACACCGAUAUACACACACACUGGCACACAGAUACAAUCAUGUAUUUUUUUUUUAUUUGUAGCCACCCUCCUGUUAACAUACCCUUUGUGUUCAGGAGGGUGGUUUGCUUGGGGUCAUGGUGAUGCGGGCUGGGGCUAACGGGAGCGAGCAUGCAGCAGCUUACUCCAGCCUCUCCUCAAACAGUCUUGGGACAGCCUAUAAUCUACAGUCCAGCUGAAGUAGCAUGGCAGUUUAAAACAUAAUGUACAACUGUCUAACAUCUAAUACUAGCAGACAUUAGAGGGCUGAUGUUUAAAGACAACUUAGAAUUGAGCGACUUUAAGACUAAGGGGAUGGUUAGGGCAGCUUACCUUCAAUAUGGUGUGACUGCAACUCCCAUGCCUUCUUAGGAUAUGACAUGCUUGUCUGUGGGUAAUAGAAGUUACAGUCCUCAGGAUCUUAAAGGCAGGUAUCCCAAGCCACCUAACCCAACAUUACCAACUUCUAAAUCUAAAGCAAAUUGUAAGUUGCUGUACCUCACAUUACAGGGUUAACAAAUAAACCCAUUAACCCCAUGUGAGGUAAAGACAAUGCCUCCUUACUAUCCCCUGACAAAGCUACACCAGCCUCCUCCCUGAUAGAAUAGGAAGCCUCUGUGGUGCAGCUACAAAUAAACAAAAAUAAGACUCAGACUCCCACCACUCCUGAGCGGCAGAAUUGACCAUAGUACACAUCAGAACCAAUACAUACCAUAAAAACCAAAGAAAAUAGUUACUCACGCACUAUCCCAAUUCCCUAUGCAUAUUUAAAUAACUGGAUUUUUUAGUAUUACACCAAUGGCCAUUGAAGUGUAAGUGCCACGUCAAGUCAAACCUCUUAGGUACGUCCUACACUAACAAUUUCCCUUACUUACUUCAGCUUAAGGCAAAUAAAUCUCUGAGAGAGAGGGCAUUUUUCUUGUGGUAGAGCUGCCUCCAACUUCCUCCUCCCAUCAACCCUCCCUCGCGGCUCUCUAUGAAGCUGGGAGGAAGUGAUCGACUGUCACUUCCUCCCUGCCAGCCGAAAUCACAGGGGCCCGGUCAGGCACUCAAAGGGGCGUGGCACCCGACCGGGCCUCUUAUCAGUAAUAAACAAAUAAUACCCAUCGGGUGGCUGCAAAUUAUAUACAAUAUCCUGGAAAUCACACACACAAUCUGAUAUUCAUUGUGUGAUUUGCAGGAUACUGUAUAUGAUUUGCGGGUGUCAGUGAGCUGCUAAGAAAAUGCGGUUGUCUCCUGAAACUACCGGGAGACUUGGGAUGUCUGAAAAGACCAUAUUUUAUCUGCGCACACCAACAUUUCUGAUGAAUAGGCCCACUGCAGAAAAAACUUGAACAGCUCUGCCCUCAAGUAUUGCGCAAGCAUGUUUAAUGCAACAUUCGUUGGGCACAAACUUGGGAUGGCAGGACAGGACACUGAAAUCAGUACUGUCCUGCUAAAAUCGUGACUAUUGGGAGGCUUGCUCAAAGACAGUAAGCACACUGUGCACUACAGGAUUUAGCUCAUUGGCGCUAAUGGAAAUUACUUGCAGGGGCUUCCAACUCUAGAGGAAGCGGUGCACCCAAGGGACCCAGGUAAGCUGUUUGACUUACUGGGAGAGGGUUGCCAGGGCACUCCUGGCACCAUGACCACUACAGAGGGGCGUUAAAUGUUUCAAUUCACUGAUCACCUUUGCUGUGUUUUCUGUGUUGAAUACAGGUAGUUUACCAUUAUUAGCCAGCAUUGUAAAUGAUGUAAAAUUUAUUGAUUGUAAAAUAAAUAAAAAAUAUGUUAAAGUUGCAAUUCAAGUUUACAACGCACUACGCCACCCCUGAACAUAAAAAGCCGAAAUAGAUUAGUUUCAAAUAACGGCGGCGUUUUAAAUACAAAAAAGUUUAACCCCUUAAGGACCAAACUUCUGGAAUAAAAGGGAAUCAUGACAUGUCACACAUGUCAUGUGUCCUUAAGGGGUUAAUCCACUCUGUACAGACUCUCUGAUAAAACCACUUCUUCAGGCAGAGAAUCUUAUUGUCCUAUGCAAUAAUCACUUAGGGCCAUUAGGUAAGGAAGAAGCCAAAUUAAAUGUAUCUUUUUUUUUAAAUCAUCCUAAUGGAAUUUAAUAGAAUUUAGCUGAGAUUGUUUUCGGGGGCAGUUAAUUGCUGGUUUUGCAAAUUUAGAACAUUUUCUAUGAUUCCUGGGGCACUGUUGAUUUUGUUCAGUACUUAUGGAUGCCAUUUUUUAAAAAAAUUUUUAAAGCAUCUUUUAAAGGGGUUAAAAAAAACCAAACCAACAACACAGUCACGCAUGCGCGUUCCAGAACCAAGUCUAACAUGGAACGACCCAGCCAACACGUUCCAGAGCGGCUUGGCUACUGCGCACGCGCGAAGCUGGGCGGCUCCCAGCGAGUCCCAGCAUAGCACGCCGCCAGCGUGGGAGGAAAGAGUGCGUCGGCGCGGCGACGAUGACGUCACGCGCGACGCGCAGCCUCAGUGAGUUUGUUGGGUGUCGCGGGAGAGAGUGAGAAGAUGGCGGCUGCGGUGGAGAAGAUGUGAGUUGUGAAGAGUAUGGGGGGGGUAGUGGGUUCAAGGAGUGCCGCACUGGCUGCUGGAAGAGUGUCAGCCUAUGGGCCGGUGUGAGGAAAGCCCUGAUAGAAAGCAAUGGGGGGGAUAGUGAUGGAGUGGGUAGUUUAACAUGCUGCUGAUGGGUAGGACAAGGAAGGGACAAGGUAUGAAGUAGCCAAGAGGAGAGGCUGAGAGCAAUGGGAUGGGUCCACAAGGAGCCUAUAGACCCUGUAUCAGGGGCAUGUAGGCCUAACAGGCAGCCUUAAACUACUCAGUAGCAUUUUAUUGUGGUAGAGCUGGUCUAGGUCCACAUAUUUCCUAUUCCAAUAUUUUAAUAUUUAUUUCAUGUUUAUAUGUUUAGUUUGUAUUGCCUACAUUCUGUUCCCUAACUCUAUUUACUCUCCUAUAAAAGGUAUUUCUGCUUUUGUCUAGUCCUAGUAAAAUAAGCUAAAAUUGUAGUUACAUUUUUAUAAAAAAAAUGUUUUUUUGUUUUUUUUAAAGGAACACUUCAAGUACCAUAACUGCCACAGCUCGCUGUAAUAGUGAGUUUAAAUUAAACCGUUACUCCAUGCACAUUACGAUUUUGGUGAUUUGAAGCGUUCCUGGUGUCUGGAGGCUGCCUGUGCAGCGUGUAGCUAUGAAACGUUGCAUAUCCUGAGAUUAACAUGUUGGCUGCCAGAUAUAUAACAAAUUUGUGGGCUGGCUUAUAUCAGUUAUGUUCAUGCACUGCACUCCUCAGUUAUGCUAUUGUUUUUCUUGUGGCGGAAGGGGUUCUGAUCACAGAAAGCGUUACUGCAACUAGCACCAGUGUUUUAUGCAAACACUGAUUUCCGGUUACAGCAGUAACCCUCCCGGCUCUGUUAUCCCCGCCCCUCACAAAAAAGUCUUACAUAAAGAGUAGUAUUCAUGAAAUGUUCACAUUGAAUGUGUCUGCACUUUCCCCUGGUAAUAUAAACCUUUUAGGUACUGUUUGACAUACAGAAAAUUUGUCGGCUUCAAAGGACUAUCCACAUCAACAACCUGCAUUUCAGAGGGCAAGAGGCUCAUCCUUUGAAUUGCAAGAUUCUGCCCUUUUAAACCAGGGAACUCUUGCCCAGCUGGAUGGUUUGGGGAUGGUGGUUAUUGCAGUAGCAAAUGGUCCCCACCACCCCCACAAAUUUAUCUUGAAUACAUGUAUUUUCAGAAUGCGUGUUUGCAAUAGAAUUGAAAGUGACAGUCAAUAUUUCCUUGCUAUUUUUGUAGUCUGUCCACAAGUUCAUCCCUAUCCUGCUUUGACUUUUUACGUUUGGCAGAAUCUUGGGAAAUGAGUUUUGAGAGUACACCAGCCAUGUGUUUUUAUAACAAUUAUCCUUUUGUUCUCUCACUCAGCCUUGGGGAGCAGUAUUACAGAGAUGCUAUGGAACAGUGCCACAAUUACAAUGCUCGCUUAUGUGCAGAGCGCAGUGUUCGCAUGCCCUUCCUGGACUCACAGACUGGAGUUGCUCAGAGCAACUGUUACAUUUGGAUGGAGAAACGGCAUCGAGGUCCAGGUACACCAAACACAUGUUUCAGUUAAUACAAAACAAUAUACACCUCCUUUUUGGAGGGGUGUGUAUUCAAACGAGUGCUAAAGUGAAUAAACCGCACUCUGUACCCUUGUGUGGAAUACCCUAUCAUCCACACCCAAAAUACAAAAUCUAUAGAGUGGUAUAAGUAAAACCUACAUCUUAAGUAGAGCACUAAAAUAGCUAUGCAGAUGGGGUUAAAAUUACCCAAUGUUACCUUGUUAAAAACUUUGACUUGUGGUACAUAUAAAAGAUAAAAUUAGAUACAAUAUGGUGCAGAUGGUAUAAAGAAAUGGAUAGAAUAAAUGGUAGAGAAGUAAAGGCAUGUGAAGGAGCCUUUAAAUAUAUACUGGCUCUGUAACUGGGCUUUUAUUUGUGUAGUAAUGGACGUCCUUUCUGUUUUGUAUGUAUGCUGACUCUCCCCUUCAAUUUCCCAUUGCCAGAAAGGGGUGCUACACCUAGCAAUGGGAAAUUAAAGGAGAGUUUAUGGUUUUUAGUUCGCAAUAGAUUAAAAAUGGAAAAUAAAGAGACAUAGUAAGAAAAGAGACGAUUGGAAAAUGUUGACUAUGGCAUGACUGUGAUGCUUUAAGAUUACAUUCCAAACACCUAAAGGCAUGAAUGUGUCCUGUUUUUUUUGUUUUUUGUUUCCCUGCUCCAUUCUACAAAAAGUGAAGAUUUCAAUAGAUACGUGUUGCACCUUCAUAGCUGUCAAGCAGACAACUGCGGUCCUGUUACUUCCUUGUAGUUUAGCUCAGUGGAGCUGAAUUGGAGGGAAACAAGAGCCCAGAGCACCUGCCUUGCAAAGAUUUCUCAAUGUGCUACAUUGAUAAGUCUGUGAUUAGAAAGGUACAGAAAGUCUGCACUGGGGAAGAAGGGAGAUGGUUUGCAAUGGCUGCAGAUAAGAGAUCUGCAACUUUUGCAAGCUAUUUUAGCUAUACCGCCAGUGAAAACAAAAUGCAUAAUUGACCCAGGACAUACUUGAAAACAAGAAAAAUCUCAAUGUAUCCUUCCUGGUAAAAUAUUUUAUAAAUAAUUAAAUGCAUGCACAUUUCUUUAUGGGUAUCUCUACUGAACAGUCCCUUUAAAACCAGCACAGUACGUUUUGACAUAAUUAAAAAAUCAUGUUUCAGUAGUGAUUUUACUAUGGUUACAUCACAAGUGAUUAUUUUGUAAUUCACAUUAUAUUUAUAAUACCUUAGACGACUGACACCACGACUUGUGGUGGGUUUUUUUUUUUUAAAUAUACUUAAAAGACAAAAUAAUACAUACAGUAUGAAUAUAUAGUAGGGUACAGAUCAGCAACUAUGGGGAAAACAUGAACAGAAGAUGGGAAAAAGGAGAGGAGGACUAGGGUACCAUUGAGAUAUAGCGAGGAAGGUGACCUUAAUCAAAAGGCACCACAUGAAAGCCACACAUAAUAAUGAAGCAAAUCAAUUGGAAUUAAAAGUUAACCAAGGAUUCCAUAUCUUUUGAAAUGUACCAGUUAAGGUAGAAUUCUUAACUAUCACAGUUAAUGUGUCAAUUGGAUAAUUAUCCUUUAUUUUAUAUAGUGUCCCUGUGUCAAAAUUCCUGCUAGCAACCAAUGGCCCAUAAGUGAUUUCUCAAGUCUUUAAAGAUGUAAAUGAUUCAAGUGUCUCCCCUGCAAUUAGUUGGUAGGCCUAAUGUAACUACCUGCAUGUAGAUAGCAACCCUAUUUAUUAUGUUCUCUGUAUUUAAGGUACUGCACCAGGGCAACUUUACACCUACCCUUCUCGACGCUGGCGUAAAAAGAGGAGAGCGCACCCUCCUGAGGAUCCCAGGCUCUCGUUUCCUUCUCUCAAACCCGGUAAUGUGACUAAUAACGGUUUGUGGUGCUUACAAAUAUAUGCUUUUUAGAAUAAGCUAAUUACAGACCACUAGCCUGGAGUUAGAUGACUUGUAAUAAAGAAUAUGAUAUUUUGAUUCCUUUUUAGCUAUAACGUUUUUACAAUUAUUUUACUUUGUAUCCAUGUGCGGUCCCUAGGGGCUUUCAAAUUUACUAACAGGAAUCCAUAACAGGUCAGGACAUGACAUCUUUCAGCUGAAAUACAGACAAAUGACAGUUUUAUUGACAGUUGUAUCUAAACAAAGGCUAUUAGACUUGUUAAAGGUUUCAUAAAGAAUCUGUAUUAUUGACUUUGCCAUUAAGAUUUGUAUUUAUUAAAUUUUGUAGAUCCAGAACAGAUCCUGAAAAAGGAAGGUCUAAUACCACAGGACGGUAGCAGCUUAGAAGCUUUGCUUCGAUCAGACACCAUUGAGAAGAGAGUUGUGCCGGACCCUCGUGAUGAUGACAGCCUUACUGAAUUCCCUCCUGUUGCCAGCCGCGCACGGAAGGUACAGGCCUACAGCACAAGACAGCGUUACGUAGCGAGCGGGAUUAUCACGGUAAAGACAGUGAGGCCACACACAGCCUGGGGGGAGAAGGAGCUGCGGUCCCGUGUCCUUUACAGGGCAUAUUAUAGUUUUGUGUAAAAUUAAUGUACUCAUACAUAUGUAUAUUGGUGCUUUAUAGAAUAUAAACUUUACUAAUAUUUUUCUCUUCGGUAUUCUACACACUACUUUUGUAGAAUCGUAAAAUCUUCAAUCAUAGUAAUUUCAAGGAUUUUAAACUAAAUGUGGGGGCUCUAAAGGAUGGCCUGAUGCACCAUUUACCUGUUGGAUAAAUGGUUUAGAAUUUUUUAGAACAAUUCUCCUGUUAAUUUUUUUUUUUUUGGGGUCUGAAGGAGUACAUUUACAACCUGUGGUCACACAGUACUGGCCCAGCCAAGAAUAAAAAAACAAAAAACUGUUUUACCUCCCUCUAUAUUAAAUUUAAUUGCAUAUGCCAGAGGUGCACAGAUGUGCAGCUCUUUGUUGUGGUUACCAAGACAUGGGAUGUACUUAGAAUAAUGUAUAAAGAUAACCUCUUUAGUAAAGAAAAUGCAUUUACUCUGUUAUUGAUCCUAAAACUGUUAGGCCAGGAUAGUGGGGCGCAUCUUAGUUUUAGGCAUUUACACAAAUAAAGUUGUGUUACAUGUAUACCAGUGCCUCAAAUGGCAGUCAGUAUUGUGUAUAUGCAUGUGCAUAGAGGUUUGCGAUAGUUUGUGUGUUAAAAAAAAUAAAAAAAUAAUAAUUUUUUUUUUCCAUACAUAAUGCUUGUGACCCAGGCAGUCUGGUGUAUCUGAGACACACAGAAAUUUAAGGGAACAUAGCAUAGGCCUAAACAUCAGUUAUUGGAUAUGUUUUUCCUGGAGUGCACUAAUCACUUUAAAAAGUCACAUCAUCUGGUAUUGUCAGAGACGUCAACAGUUGCUUCAUUAUCAUUAACAGGGCAGUAGUGGCUGAUGUGGCUCAACUGUUGUGGAUUAGCUUUACUAUUCACUGUCUUUUUUGAACAAUAUUCCAGGUGUGGCUGGCUAAAGGUCAUCUGUCAAUACAACAGUGACUGUACAUUUAUAUAUUUGCAUUUGACAACAUAUUUAGUUCCCAACGAAGGCGCCAGCUUGUGCCUAAACUUGCGUUGAACUACAGUUUCUUGUAUUAUUUUUCUCACACAAUUAUGGGGGUGAUGUGAGUGUUACGAUUUGGAGGUGGAAUUGAGUGGGAAAGAUUAGGGUAUUACUUUAGCUUAACUGUUUUGCUAUGGACUAGGCAUUAUAUGUAGAGACUGAUACCCCCAAGACAUUCAACAGUGAUUAAUCUCAACCGUGCAGCCUUAAAUUUCUCUAUCCUAUUAUGUAUAUAUCAAGAGACCCUAAACAUCUCAAUUAUUUCCUUAUUUAUUUUUGUAAUAAAGUGUGGCACACAUUUACUUCAUACACCACUUUUUUAUUUUUUAUUUUUGUUCUUGAUGGUUUUAAAGAUCUUUUUUAAUUAGGCAAUUUUUCUUUUUUUUCGUUUUUGUUUGCACAUGACUUUGUGAAAUAUGACGUAAACGUCUCAUACAUUAUCCUAAGCUGUAUUCUUGGCAAGCAUUAGUAUCUGUAUACGUAGAAUUAAUUUUCCAGGUAUUCAAUGCGUUGAAAUGCAGAUAUAUGGGUCAUGGCUGUAAGAAGAACUGAGAUCGAGCCAAACUGUUAACUGGUACACUAGAAAACGGGGGGGGUAACUCCAAAUAGGAAACUAAUAUGAAUAGGCAAAGAGUAGUGUAUCAUUAGGGACUGGGAUAUGUAAUAUACCCUAAGAGUACCAGCUAACUUCAGGAAAGAACCAUAAAAUAGCCUCCAGACUAGGAACAAAAGAAGAGACAAUAAAAGAAAUAAUGCAUUUUAUUAAAUAUAAUAUAAAACAAUAAUGUACUAUAAGGUGCUCGUGUACAAAAAGUGAAUGAACUAACAGGUUUUAGAUGGAUAAAGUAAUGAUGUAACGUAAAAAAAUGCUAUUUCAGCAUACGAGUUAAUCUCGUAAUCUCAAAUUAGCCUAUUCUACAAUAAUAUUAGGCUACCUCUUAUAGUGGUAUAAGGAUGAAUAGGAAUAGCAAUAUACUGAUGUUCCAUUGAAACUGGUUGAAGUAAAUAUGCUAGGUAACAGAAGAACCUGUUACGGGGUCAUGGUAAGUAAUGGAACAAAACCUGAUAUUAAUAUUGCCUAGCAUACGUCUGUGCCAGGGUAUAUAUCUCAGUUAAAUACGGCAAGUGGGAAAGAUAACAUAGCAAUAGAAAUUUGGGGGGAGGGGAGAAUAAGAGGCAGAUCCCCCAUUAAACUCAGAUAAUAUACCCCAAUCACGACCUAUAGUUUUAAUAUAGCCAAUUGUAGAUGUUAUAAUAGUGCUAUUUUAAUGGAAUGAUGGGUACUCCGAUCCUCCUAACUUAGGUGAUCACAGUAAGAACUGUUGUGCCUGAGCCGGCUUCUAUCACUAUAACAACUCUCGAAAUCAGGUUCGUUGAAGUGAUUAGCCAAUAGUUUCUUAAAUUGGUUCCAUGCUUGGUGGCUAUCUGAUUGCUCUGCUAUGAAGCAAUUCUCUGCUACAGUGUCUUCCUAUUGACACACUAACAUUUUUACCUCUGUCCAUUUAGCGCAUUCUGGAACCUGAUGACUUCUUGGAUGACCUGGACGAUGAAGAUUAUGAAGAAGAUACGCCAAAAAGACGUGGAAAAGGCAAAGCAAAGGUGAGGUGUGAAGUGUGGUUGAUUUAAUAAUGUACUACGGAACUCAGAGGUAAGUAAUAGGGCAUUUCACUUUUAAACUAGGCUAUAUUUCUUCUAUGACAUUCACAGAAAAUGAAAACCCUAUAAAUGUUCAUCUAGUUCUACCAGUAUUUUCUUGUGCUUGUGGGAAUACACGGUCAUGAAUUAAUUGUCUAAUUAAACAAGUUCAAAUGUAUGCAGUCCUGAGGGUUAGGAAAAAAUCUUACCUUGAAAAUUCUAUGCACUAAAACCACUUGUCAAUCAAUAAUGUUGACCGAAGUCCUUUAGCAGUUUUUUUGGCUAAAAGAGUCAUUUUUGAAGCAUUACUCUAUAUUUUGCUGCCAGUGAUAGACAGCCCAUACAUUCUCAUCCUAUCACUGAUGCUUGAGUAGCUUCUUCUCAUUUUACAGAGAGCAGAGGCGAUGAAACCAGACAGGCACCUGGGGGACUCCACUACAGUGUUAAAAUGUUAAAAAAUGGUUUAACACUUGUAGGUAAGAAGGCCCCAGGAACUCUAGAAACCAUAACAACCUCAUUGACACAAAGUGUUUUUGGUGGCUGGGGUGUUCCUCUUUAUGUAUCUAGCUUCACAUCCGCUACCAGCUCUUCAGAUGUGAAUAUACAAAAUCUUUCCACCGGUUUAAAAGCCGCUUCUUAUAAUGUAUGAAUUGAUAACACUUUUUGGUGCAUUGUUCUAAAAAUAUCCUGUUCUAGAGGCAUCCAUGACAUUAUUAUAAUAAUGCACUAAGUCAUUAAGUCUCAAGGAGCUUUCUUUUUAGCAGUAAAAAAAACAUACUGAAGCACUACUGAUGUGAUUUUUGCAGUCCAAGUGAAAGGAGAAAAUCAGUGUGCUGUCUUUAAAGCUGGGUAGUCACAUACUUUCUCUCACGCCAGUAAAUACAUUUGGAGAGUUUCCUGCGGUCAGCAAUGCAGCAGAGGUGAAAAACAAAACACACCUCCUUGGUCCUUCCAUCUUCAGGGUGAAGUGUUUGCCCCAUGCUUACAUACCUGAAUAGAGAUUCCAUUCGAGUGCAUGCAUGUUUGAGCAUAUUGUUCCAUUUGUGGCUUACAUUCAUUUGCAUGAAGGUAAACCUCAAAUGCUCCCCAAUCACUCACCGCUCAUCAACUGGGAGUGUAUCUACAGCAAAACCUUUACACCGGUGAGUGACGUUUUUAAUUUUUUGAGCAGUGAGAAGUGCAGAUUUGUACUUGGAAUCGGUGUAUGACCUCUAGCUUUUCUUCAUCAUGCAAGAACAGUGAGUGCUAUUUGCCAGCCAGAUCCCUCUGUCUACUUUAUUCGGUAACAUGCGGGUUCUGGUCCAAAAAAAAAAAAAAAAACAGUAUCCAUCUCAAAAAGCUCAUUUCCACUUUAGCCCCCUCUUGGCUGCAUUUUAAAUCUGAUUUGUUUACGAGAAUGUUUACUCUCAUUUGACUUACUCUGCAUCACAAUGUAAAUUAAGAAAGCACUUUGGAGCCUCUGGCACAUUUUUCUUCUGUUCUAAAUAAUUCUUUUGAUUUCAGGGAAAAGGUAUAGGCAGUGCCAGGAAAAAGUUGGAUGCAGCUGCUUUGGAUGACAGAGAUAAACCAUACGCUUGUGACAGUAAGACUUGUAUUCCUCACUUCAAUACUAUUUAUUCAUUAUUGCUCAUACAUUUCAGACUUCCCAGAAAUAUAUAUUACUCUUUAAAGAUGCCUUUUGAAACCUUUUCCUAUUGUAAUGACACAUUUUAUCAACAAGGACUAGAGAGCUCUAAAGGAGUCUUCUAGAGCAGUGACUGCUAACUUUUGGCACUCAUUUAUUUUGUAGGUUAUGAUUCUCAUCCAGUCCUCUAGCAUUAUAGCGAGAGCUAAAUGUUAGCAUGUCCAUCUAUGUCACCUGUAGAUAAUUUUUGUAAUUCUCUGCCAGCCUAAUGACUUAGAGUUGUAGUCAUCAACUCUUCGUUAGCCGUCACUGUUCAAGACCUAUGGUUUAGUAGAACAUGCAUGAUUACUUAUAUUUUAGCCAGUGUCUAGGUAGAUACAUAGGUAUAUCUCGUACUUUGUGCUGAAACUACAUUACAUACGUAGAAUUACGUGUGCGUGCCUGUGGUUGUAUGCGCUUAUACAAGUAAACCAGAAUACCACCUCAAUCACAAGAAAAUAUAUGGUGACUUCUAUAUUCUCAGUAUGAUUUUCUGAAAACAGGUGUACAUGCUUGCAAUUUUGAUUACGUGAGUUGGCGUAUGGUAAAGUUAGCAUCUACUCUCUUAGAGAUUCACUUACAUUUCCAUCCAACAAGCUAUUACUCUCCCUCUUUUUAAAAUGCCUUUGAAGUAGGAUAUCCACGUGGUAUUAAGAAAAGUGUUGUCUUGCAGUGUAACACUUUGGCUACUGAACUAUUAUUCUUUUAAUCCCCCCAAUAUGAGCAUUUGAGAGUAGUGGUGGUUUUCUCUUUUCUCCUGCGGCAUUUCCUGUUCAGUGUAAACUUCUUGAGAAGGCAGUUGCUUGUUCCUUUCUUGUGUAACUUCACAUAUGUGCGGCUUGUAGACAGCCAAUUAUUAUAAUUAAGUGGGAAUUUGGUGCGUGCUCAAUUUUGGCAACAUACUACUAAAUAGUGCUAAUAGAAAAGGAAAAAAAAUGCAUGCUAGUUUCUUUCCAUUCUAAGUUGCCAUGCCUUUAAUGUAGCACUUGACUUAUGCCCAUUAUUUAGCUCUGCACGGUAACUUAGAGAUUGCACAGUGACAUUAUCAGUCACUCACAUUGAAACAGUCCCCUCUAUGAGACCUAUAACUUAAUAGCCAUGAUAUGCAUUUGAGAUGCCUUGUUUUGAAGAAGGGGGAAAAAAAAGUCCGGAAAUAGCUUCAAUCUCGGAUCUGUAUAAUCAACAAAUAUAGUGAAACAAUUGCAUUCAAAAUGCUUUUGUGUGCUUGGCUUUGUGUGUUUAUUUUUUAUUUGAUUUUGGUGUGAUAUGUAUUUUUUUUAGAGGACGGAGGAUGGUUGCUUCCAGCAGACUGAUCCACUGUUCAACUACUACUGACAUGGAAAUAAUAAGGGAAAAUGUAACCUUCUCUGGAGCAGGGAAUUUCCCAUAAUUUGAAAAAAAUGCUUAAAUGGUCAGGCAACAUAUAUCACUACACAUGCACUGGUGCUAAAUUAGAAUGUGGCAGGGGUAUUGCAACAUUCCAGAAACACCUGGGACGUAAGCACAAUGCAAAUUCAAUGGCAUAUGUCCUGUCUCCCCUAUGGACACUGCACUGCAGGGAUCUCAAAGUAUAGCUAGAAAUAGGCACAUGCUGUACAUUCAUUGCCUUUAUGAUACACUACAUAACUAAUAGAGUGCACCAAAGUUCAGUUCCUCAAUAAUUGCCUCUUCCACCAUUGGGUCCAAAGCCCUGUCUGGCAAUGGCAUGUGGUGUAGCACCCAUGUUUUUAACAUAAUUGAUAUAUCUAGUGCAGAAGGGGACCCUCUGUUUUUAACUAUAUCUAAAGAAAGGGCUGUAAUUUUCAAACCAUAUGAAAACCGUUACCUGGGCGACAGCACCUUGGGAUUACUGGCAUCAUAACCCAGGACUACAGUGCACUGUAGAACAUAUGGUGCUAAGACUUCCCUUUUAAGUGCUUAUUGUCGUAUUUCCUUUUGAGCAGUCUUAUUAUACCAUUUUUGUUGUUCUGCGCAAAACAAAUAUAAAGCUGCUUUAUACAUUAAUAUCUUACUUUUUCAUUAGAAACUCAUCACAAAUGCUGUUUACAUGUUUUUUCUCUCCCUAAAGCCAGUAUUCACAUGAAACACUGUAAAUAACCAUAGAAAUGUGUGGUUAUUUUUUUAAGAAUAUUCUGUUAAGCUCUGGUGAACGCAGCAGUCAGUUGAGUUCAAAUAACUUGAGUUCUUUUCCUUUCUAAGUGGCUCUCAGGAGAAUAUUCUAGGAACCUUGCUCUAAACGGUUAUUUACUAUGCCAAUACCUCUUUAUAAAUUUCAAAUUUUAUUUGUUUCCACUUUUCAGUUUUCCCAGCUUUGCUGGAUAUAAUACACUGAAUUGUGAUUGACAGUUACUGAUUGCACUGUCUCUUUAUUCUUUUGGAAGGUAAAAUCCUGCUUGAUAUACACACAUACGAAAGAGAGGCAGAUUUAUUAAAAAAAAUAAUAAAAAAAAAAAUUUAAAAUCAUGCAUGUGUUAGGAGAGCCGCAGGAGAAGAGAAAGAUCAACCAUCUGGAAUUGCAAAAAGGUCCAGUUGGACUUUAUUAGAGCUUUAACCCCUUAAGGACACAUGACAUGUGUGACAUGUCAUGAUUCCCUUUUAUUCCAGAAGUUUGGUCCUUAAGGGGUUAAAAGAGUUUGGGGUCUCUUUAGCUGGUAUUUUCCCCUUUGCUUCUGAACUAAAUCUUCUAAAUGUUCUACAUAUACUUCUAAAGUCCACAAUAAGUCAUAUUCACUUUUGUUCUUGUUCCCAAGAAUGAGUGGUUUCCAGCCCUUCCCCCCCCCCCCUUUUAUAUUGACUCAUUUGUGAAUUCAAGCUUUCCAUUUGCACGUCUCCCUUAGAAUGUGUGUGAAGUGUGUAUGCAUUGAUUUUAUUUUAAAGCUUGUAUUUUGGACAAAUGCAUCCAGAAGUGUUGUUUGGUCAGUGUUUGUGGCUGGGUGCCCCGGGGAUUGGUCUCUGCACAUUUGGAGUCUGAGUGGUUAAAUUCCUAGCUUUUGCUCACCUCUGUCAGAGGAGGGAGUGAUCUCUUACUAAGGUUUGCAGUGUGUCCUUGUACUCACUGAUCUUUUGCUUCACUUGGCGCUCUCUGCUCUGUAUGUGUGGUUAGUCGACUCACUCCUAUCUCUUUUUUUCUCUGUGUGUCUUUCUUUCUCUCCUCAUUUCAGACAGUUACAAACCAAAGCAAACCUCGAAAUUCUCCGAAAGAGGUAGUUGAAUUGCUCGUUUGUGCAGCUAGAUUGGCAUCUUCUCCCCACUCUGCCCAUCUUCCCCGGCACUGCAGCUUGGCAUGCUAUGUCUUUUUUGUCUCUCACACACCAAUCCCCCUUAAUGGUGGCAUCCGUAAACUUGCGUCCAUCUGUCCAUUAUUUUCCCAUGUUAUAAAUGUUACUCGUCAUGGCACAUUGGCUUUUCAUCAUGAAACAAAGUGGUCAUUGUGUUGACUCUUUAUAUGACUAUAAGGUGUUCUACAAAGGAAGGAAUGAUGAAACUUAAGUAUUCAUAAACCUUCCUUUGUUCUGCAUCUUAUAUUUUCAUAUAAGGUAUUGUGGCCAAUCAUGGUAAAGAUGAUGUUGCUUCUGCACUUCUUUUUACAGAUGCGUACCUCCUAUUUUACUUCAUAUCUUUUUUCUUCCUCUUUCAGUAGAUUUAAAAGAUUAAUAAACUAGAAUCUUCUCUGAGUUGGUGAACCUAUAUGGUUUUCAAGGUCCUCUGAUUUUACUUAAUCUUCAUGCGAUCUGCAGAACAUGCUUAAUGAGUUGCUUGCAUGUCCCUGCAUUACAAUUCAGUCCUUGUUGAAUCAAUUUUCAGUUAAAAUCAACAGCAAGUUGGAUAAACUUUAAAAAUUGUAUUUAUAUUUUAUUCAAAAUCAGUAAUUCAAUGUGGUGUUUAAUAAAAAAAAAAAAAAAAACUUGCCUUCACUAACUAGUAAGAUAAGUGCAAGGGGCAUUCUGUGGGUAAAUGGCACUCAUGGUGUUACUUUUGGCAAAUGUGGAAUGCCUCUUGAACGGAUAUAAUCUCAAGAUGAACUUUUUUUUUUUUUAAAAUAAGGAAUAUUAAUGUUUAAAAAUUAUACCCAUUGUAUACAAUGCUUAUUUUUGAACAAACAUCUGUAACUUAGAGAAAACGGUUUUACCUUUUCUGGGCAAUGUUAUUAAAGCAGUAUUUUCCUCUUAUCCUCAGUGCCACUGCCAUUUCAGCACGUCUUGACAUUUUUAAGCUAAUUUUGGCUGCUAAAAUCAUAAUUGUAAUUGGAUCUACAGCAAAAACAGAUGUUAGGCUGAACUUGAUGAACGCAAAUCUCUUUUCAGCCUAUGUAACACUUCUCUGAAAAAUCAGACAUAAAACAAGAAUUUAAAUCCUUAAACAGUAAUAUUCCUUUAAAACUUGGAAUGGUUUCAUCCCUAGAUCAACGUGAUAUUGCCUGAUCACAUAUUUCCAAAUCAUGAUGGUCUCUUCUGUUCCAUUUUCUAUCACAAACGGCAUCUAACUUUCUAUGACCACUGCUGAAACUGAAAAGGAAAUAAAUCCUUUAGAUGUAGUCGGUCCUCUUGGUUUCCAUACUUCUUCCCAUUUCAUGUUAGUCUGAUUUUACUGCCCUAAAUAUAAAGACAGACUAUACCCCAAGCCAAUCAAGUGUAUGAUGGAACAAACCAUUUCAAAUAGAACUACCAUAGUCACCUUUUGGUGAUACUUUAUAAACAAAAGAAUGAAAACCUUUGGUUUUGUUUUAAGUUUAUAUAUAUUUUAGUGUUUUUGUUUUUUUACAUAACUCUACUUUCUUAUAUCAAACGCAUUGAAAACUCUACAUGAAGUUAAAGUAAAUGGCUUCCACAAAAAAGGAGUGUAUCUAGAUUAUGAUUUGUUGUUUUACAACUCUUAUAGAUAUAUAAAAUGAAGGGCAGACUUUUUUUUUUCAUUUUAGUAUAUACAUGGGGUGUAGUUGUCUUUAUACUUUGAAAGAAUCACCUUCAGUAUGUAAUUUUGUGCUGAACAUUCUCUAAUUUCUCCAGUUUUAUUUUUUUGAUCUAGAUUAAUGAUUCAUAAACCUUGUGACCGUUGGUGAUCUGUGAGAACCACUCAUCUAGAUCAUACUUGAAUCGCUAUGCACCCUUAAAGCAGCAGUCCAUACAUUACACUAAAUAUAUUGUUUUUAUAAAUAAUUUACCUGAAUUGGGGAUCGGUCCCUGUGCAGCUGCUAAGUGGUAACAAAAUGAUCACAGGACUGUACCAAAUAGUCACAAUAGAAAAUGUCAUUUAAUUUAUAAUUUUUGUUUUCUAUGACUUUUUGGUUGUUCUAUUAUAACUUAUGAGGACUAAAUAUAGUUGCAUAUUCCAAUAUAUAGAGGAGACACAGUGGCAGGAAGUGGGAGAGGAUUGAGCAUAUGCAUUUUGUGACAUCCUACUCCAAACGGGAUGCUAAACUAAUGAAACAUCUCUAUCAUUUUAAUUUAUCUUCUUUCUCUUUUAUCUUUACCACUCUGAAAGAAAUUUGUUGACCAAGAUAUUUUGCAACCGUGUUUACCUUAGUCACAUGAUUCAGUAUUCCCAUCUUUUGUUAAUGAAUGCUUCCUGCAUUAACUUGCUUGAUCACAAGAUCAUUCUUAUAAUGUGGCUUCAAUUUGCCACUCUUCUAUAUACCAGGCAAAAUUUUAAAGGUGUGCAUUUGGGUAACAACACUUUUCAUUAAAAAAAGCUAGAUUAGUGGAACAUUUUAACAUUUUGAAAAUGCCAUGUUUAACUGAAGCUGGCUGUAGAAUUGUAAUAUGCCAUAUUUACUAUAAUUCUCUGCCUGCUACAUGUGAGGCUUAAUGUGCAUUGUCAGCUACAUUUUUAUAUGAAGCUCCAUUGAUUAUUACUGUUCUAGUGUAUUGACAGAAUCUUACUGGAUCCAUUUCAGAUGAUUAAUCAUGUAAAGUUUUACAUUUUACAACACUGUACAUAAUGUUAUGUAUGAAUUGGAUUUUGCAUUUGAAUCUUUGCUUCUUAUACACAAAACUUUUUUUAUUUGAGUCCUUUUUUGUUUAGCCCGGAGAGACUAUGUCAGAAUUACUCUGCCGCUGUGUAAGCAGAAGUGGCAAGUCUUUUUCUUAAUUUCCAUGUCUCAAAGUAACAUACCAACAAGCUAGGUGCCCGUAUAAUAUGCCCAAGAUAUCCCCAGUUCAGGUAACAAGAAAAAAACCAAAAAACAUAUGGUGAGGAAGGGAGAUUGAAACAUCAAAGUGAAAUUCUAACUACUGAUCGAUACCUGAAUUGAAGGCAGAAACAUUCACUAUUGACUUUUAUAGGUUGGCCAUGUGUUUUAGUGUGGGUAGCUGCUACUGGGUCUUUGAGCUUCCAGCCCAUAAAUGAUGGCCCCCGUUUUCAGUCAUUCCCUUUUCCUCCCUAGGCUUUGCUUUUUACGUUGUGUAUGCCUCCAGAGCUGGGGAGAUAGUUUUGUUAGCUGUCCAGCUCUCACUUCCACUUCACUCACCCGCCUUCUCCCUUUCUGCUUUCCUAUUCAUUCAAAUUACUCUUUCCUGCUCUUACCCUCUCUGCCCACCCUUUCUUGCCUUGCCCUAUUUUUUUUUUUUUUUCCUCCCAGUCUGUGGAAAACGCUACAAAAAUCGCCCUGGUCUGAGCUAUCACUAUGCACACUCCCAUUUGGCGGACGAGGAGGGAGCUGGAGCAGAGGACAAGGAAGAUUCACAGCCACCCACUCCCGUCAUGCAUAGGCCAGAGGAGCAAAAAUGUAAGUUCUCUCUGAUCAUAUUUCACCAACAUAUACCCCUUUCUAUUGCAUAGUCUAUAUAAUUUUAUUUGUUUUGCCUCUUGAUGCUUCCUUUUUGAUUCUAUUCUCUUGCUGCCUCUCUCAUUCCUCUAUAUAUACCUAUGAAUCUUAUAUUUCCAUCUGCUCUUGUCUUUUUGUCUUAACACUUCCCCCCCCCCCCUUCUUUCUUCAGCUAAGAAGGGCCCGGAUGGCCUUGCUUUGCCUAACAACUAUUGUGACUUCUGUCUUGGAGAUUCCAAGAUCAACAAGAAGACCAAUCAAGCUGAGGAGCUGGUGUCCUGCUCAGACUGCGGCCGUUCGGGUAUGAAAGGCAGGGGAAAGAGGAAAGGGACAUAAUGAUCAACUCUCAAUGUCAAAGUCUAUCUCUGUGUGAAUUUGGGGACACUUUGUGAUCAUCCAGUUUUUGGGUAUGUGAGAUAAGGAGAAAUGGUGAGCGGCAUACACUGAGAACCCUUCACUGCAGGUUUAGUCACACCUUACUAGUAAAAUCUCCUACUCUUCAUCUGGGUGAUGAUGUCUCCAUUCCCCAUCUGCUGUGUUUCCCUUCUGUAGAGUAAGAAAAUAAUUUAUGCGGAUAUUUGUAAAGAGGCUGUGAUCAACCAUAUCAAUUUCCAUUUUAAUAAGUGUGAGUGUGUGUACAAGUGAUUCUGAUGCUCAGCAGCCAGAAAAGCAGAAGUGACCAGUCCAUGUGGUAUGUAUAGGAUAAAAAAAAAACAGGACUUGUUUGUCACUCCUGUAUUUCUUAGGCUAGUGAUAGAUACCUGUUUACAUUAACAUUUCUAUAUGACUUGAAGAUAUCUACAUAUGUCUAACAUUGGGUGAACUUUCCACACUAGAAAUAUUCACCAAACUGGAUUAUGUUGCAAGUUCUCAACAAAGUUGUGAACAUUUAAACUAAUAUGGCAGAGUUGGAUUAAUUUUUUGUUUUCUUUUAAAUAAAUCUAAAUAUUGCAACUCUGAGGCCAUCUCACUCUUUCGAGAAUUAAUCCAUUUGGUCUUUUCUGGAUAGCGGCUUUUAAAACUGUUUGGGUAUCUUCUCUUUUAUCAGAGUUCUUGCUAUCUUAUAUGUGUGUAUAUGUAUGUAUGUACGUAUGUAGAUAUUAUAUAAAAAAAAUUCAAAAAAAUAAUAUAAAACGCGACAUAAUAAAACUUAAAAAUCAAUGUGUGCAGCAUUUUAAUAAUGAGAUGCAAACAAAAAGAACAAUGUAAAUAAAUGUGAAUUGCGGUCCCUCAAGGGAUAGAUUCCUGUAUAUUUCAAUAAAACUCUCUACAAAUUAACAAGGCCAGACUAAUUCAGUUAAAAGAACACUCAUGAAGAGUAAAGUGGAUGUCAAGGAAAACAUAAACUUUUGGAACAUAACUCAACUGUAAAUAUAAUCAAGUCACAUUUGUAGGAUAACCUUAGGAGGCUUUGGAUUGUUAAGGCUAUAGAGGAAAUGUUACCCAUUUUGCAUUCCUUGGAGUACAAAUGCCAUCGUGGCCACAUACUGACUGUGAAUUAUGUGAGAUGUACACCAGCAUCACUUGAUUGUAACAGUGCCUGCUCUUGCCUGUUUGGUGUGCUCAUAUCUAGUUUAGUACGUCUGUAAGCCUGAAUACUCUUGACCAUAGGCUGCUUACUAUGCACUGCACAGAUAUGCCAUUGGCUGACUAUUUGUUCUCUGCUCUUAUAGUAUAACAGGAUAAUGAUUGGUGGGUUUCAUUCCAAUGUUUUUUUAUUUAAAGACUCGCUGAACAUCAAUGCUUUCUGCAUAUAAGCUGUAAAUAAAGUAUGAUGCUUAAUUGCAUUAAAGUGGAACAUGUUCACUACUCUUAACUUGACAUCAUUUCUUGAAUGAUUGAGAGCAUCUACAACCCUCCACUGGCACUUACACACUUUAUUUCCAAUGUACAAGUGAUGCCCUCUUUAUAUAAACCAAAAAAGUUGUUCUCCAAUUGUACAUAUAAGGGUCACCGUUCUCUUCAAGAGGCAUUACAUUUAUAAUAAAUUGUGCAGUGGACAUACUAACACACUCCGCCCAAAAAAGUUUGUAAUGAAUGAAUGCUGCUGAAGUCUGGGAUUGAUACAGAAGUUACUGAGGAACAUUCAUAUGGUGUCAAUGGCAAUGUUAUAAGACAUGUACAAAGUUAUUUUAAAAUGUUCACCUAUACGAGUGUUUGCUCUGGAAUUCAGAUUGCAUGAUCAAGGUGAAACCAUGAAGUGUUUGGAGGCCCUGCAGUGGGACGUUCUCAUGUGUUGCCGCAUUUAGCCUUGCUUUUUAGGCAGAAUCGGGGACUACAUGUUACAGUGAAAAGAUCAGGUGUUAUGCCAACCUCAUAUGCCAGUGAGCCAAAAAUAUACUUUAAAGCUCUCUCAAAGCAUAGUUAAUGGUACAAGGAUGUCCACCACCCUGUCUCUCCAUUCGCAACUAUUUGUAACACCAUCAGUUGGUCAUUACCCCCGAAAAUAUUCUAUUUCUCCUUGCCCUUCUGUAAGUCACCACGUACUCAAAACAGGCAUUUUCACAGCUUACUCUGGGGAAGCCUGAUCUGCAUCUUUGCGAUUGCAUACUCCACUACCUUCACCGAACUAAAUGGAGAUGUUGGUAAAGUGAUAUCGGCUACAGUGCAAGUGAUUUCUCUUAUUCCGGUCAGUGCCAAUUGUUGAGCUACAUUUCCCACAUACAACUGAGCAGGAUUUUAUGGCAUAUAUGAUAUACUCGGCUUCCAAAAAAAAAAAAAUCUGGGUUGGCUGAGUCGGUACCUGGUUUGGAUAGAGCUUAUUGCUGUGCCAGGAAUCCUGGAACCGUAAAGGUGAAUAUCUUUUAUUUAUUUAGCAUUUUAACACAUUUUCUAUAAAGUACAUCUUUACUGCACUUCAGUAUCCAAGGCAAACUUUACAAUCCGUGUUUCUCUUGGCACUCACACUGUAGUAUCUGAUUAUACUUUACAAGUGCAUAUUACUUUCUGUAGACAUGCAAACUUGUAAUAUAAUGGAAGUUAAAUUAAUUUGCAUAGUAUGCUUUGUGCAAUGAUUGGCAUACAUUGUAAAUAAACAAAUGCAGUUUUCUUGUUUUACAAAAAAUAAGCACAACCCAUAGCGAACAUUAAGUUUCUAGUUUCCUUUAAAAAAAAAAAAAAAAAGGGGGUCCACUCCAGCUCGGAGUGUUUCUUUUAGAGUUAUUGCAGAGAUGUCUUUGCAAGAGUAUAAUGCUUUAAAUCUGUUAAAAGUAGAUCAUCCUUGUUCAAAGGCAGUAUAUCUGUAACAUGAUACAGUUCCUGAGUGGAGAAAGAAAAGUAAAAUCAAUUACAUGAAGAUAUUUAUAAAAUUCAAAAAUUUCACGGUGGGUAGUUUUACAUAUAUAGACAUAUACUCCCGUCUAUACAGUCUCCAGACUCUAUUCUGAGUCCCGCUCUCUCUUGCGGUCAUAGGACACCCCUCCUGUUUGCAGUUCACACCGGUGAUGAUGGCUGCAGUGAAGACGUACCGUUGGCAGUGCAUCGAGUGCAAGUGUUGUAACAUUUGUGGGACCUCUGAAAACGAUGUGAGUAAACUAUUCCUCUACAUAUCAUAUAUCCUUCCACUGAUGACACAGUGCAUACAAUGCAUGUUUAAUGAUGUGGAAUAUUGAGCAACAGGCAGCCUUCUUGUUCUUGAGCUCCAUUUUGAAAUAACAUAUAAACCUUAUACGUUUAAUAUUUAAUUACACAGACCAGAUUGAGAAGAUCAUUGUUAAGGUCAUCCACCACCACGUUCAUUGACCAACGUUAGGGCACAAUGUAUGUUGUGCACCUCAAUGCUAACUCAUGAAUCUCUAGAGCUGCUCUUAUCCAUUUGAAUAUUCCACCAGUGUAUAUAGCCCUUUAUUUCUGAGUUAUCCUUUUUGGUAUCAUGUUUCCAUUUAAAGUGAAUGCACCUAGAAAAGCCUAUUCCACUUUGCUUUUUGUUUUGUCAUUACAUCACAGUGGUGACAUUACAAGAAGAUUAUAAAACAUGGAUCAUUGAUUAUACAAAACCUAUUGCCCUCUUUACGGUUUUUGAAUUAAUUUUUUUCCCCAUCCAAUCUUUUAUUUAUUUUGUAAUGGUGGGAAACGAAAGACAUAGGAUUCCUAUGUGGUUUCUAUAGGGUUGUUCACUAGUACCAUGUCAUUCUUGGCAGGGAGUAACAGAAAAUACUAGAUGGGAUUAUUGUAAUACCAUACUUCUGCUGCUCUAUAAAUUUCAAAGGAUCAGUUGAGACAUGAGAAAAUAGAAAACUUUAUUUGUCCAAAAUUGAGAGUCCAAUGCUAUAAAAUGAAUCUGCAACAAGUGUUGUUGCAUUAGCAGAUGCAAAUGUUGAAUUUUCCCCACUACAGUCUGGUGGUCAGCCAUCUUGUCUUGACUUUAAAAUUCCUUUAUCGUGAUGUAUAUUGCUCCUUAGAGACUUUCAUUGUAUCUACUUUAAGUUGUUUCAUCAUAGUGCAUGCUAUUUUUAUAUCAAGUUGAUGUUUGUGUAGUUCACCGUGAGCUUUUGGGGGACAUGCAUUGCAUUGUUCUGGAAUAAUAGUUUAACUUCAUCUGGGGCUUUGUGUUUGAUUUGCUGUGACUUUUUUUAUCUUCUAGAGCAGUGGUUUCCAAACCAGGCUUCUAGGUCCACCAACAGUGUAUAGGAUUCCUGCACUUCUCAAUUCAGUUCUUUGGGAAUACUGACAAAACCUGUAUCCUUGGUGUGCCUUGAAGACUAGGCUGAGACAUUCUGUUCUAGGCCAGUGAUUUCCAACCUUGAGCUUCCAGCUGUUGUUGGAAUGCAUGGUUGGUCACCUCCGUUCUAGCAACAUUCCCUCCCUCCCCCACUACCACCAUUGUUCUAGAAGUGUUCUGAGCUCCGUGUUUCCAUAGGAUCAGUUGCUGUUCUGUGAUGACUGUGACCGUGGAUAUCAUAUGUACUGUCUUUCUCCUCCAAUGGAUGAGCCUCCUGAAGGUGAGUUAUCUGAAUAUGAAGUUUGCUGCAUUGCUUGUUUCACUUGACAAAUAUUAACGUUCUCUUUUCGUUCUUUCCUUUAAGGGAGUUGGAGUUGUCAUCUCUGUCUGGAUCUUUUGAAGGACAAAGCUUCUAUUUACCAGAAUCAGAAUUCCUGAUGGGUGCCUGCAUUCCUGCCAAUGGUGAGGGAUGGAUCGAGGACGUAGUAGCACCUCACAGCCUAUAGAAGAGAAAUAUUUAGGAAAUGGAAAAGGAGUUUCCAAUGGAGCAAUCUCACUUCUCAUGAUGUACCAGUUGAUAUGUAAAUGUAUGUGUAUACCAACUUAUGAAUUUGCACAUGCAUACACACGUGUGAAUGGUCCCAUCAUUACAUCACUAUACAUCUCACAUCAACUCUUAUGAGAAUAUGCAUUAAGUUUUCUUAAAUAGCCAUUAGUGAGAUUUCAGGUUUGUCUAGACCCCAUAUCUAAACCUGAUGUAAGAAAUUACUGUGUCGUCAAAUAUAGUCUUGAAAGGUCAGUCGAAGGAGAAUAGUGAUGGCUAAACUUCGCAUCCCAAAUGUUUGUGAAGUCAAUUUCCCAGAAUGCUCAGCCAUCCUCCAACCCUUCAAGGCUGGCUGAGCAGCAAGAAAUAUAUCUAGUUUGCAAACAUCGGGGCUACCAAGCUUCGCCAUCUCUAAGACAGAAUGUUCUAUGACAGCGUGUUCUCUUUCUGAGACCUGUUAUUUUGCUCCAGUAAAUAGUGGUCUGCAGCAUAUUUCUAAUAAAUCCUUAAGACUUAUGGAUAUAUCACAAAAAUAUAUUCAUUAGGGAGACUCCUAGAAAAGCAUGAUAAUUACUUGUGACAAUGUUGUGUUUUGAUUUUUGCCAAUGUGGAUCAGAUUAUAACUGCUCACUAGUAAGAAUGUGCAAGAGGAAAGUCGAGCUUUAAUAAAUUGCGAAAACGACCCUAUAAAAUAGACAAUUCCAGUGUCCUGUUUAUUUCACAUUUCUAAAUGGAUAGUCUAUAUCGACACAUUAACGUUCUAAAUUAGUGUUUUAAUUUAUUUGCUAAUGUGGGGAAAAAGGUGGCAAAAGGUACACUUCUUUAUACUUACAAAUUAUGUGUCAAUAUAAACCCAAUUGGAAUAUUUGUGUGCAGUUAUCUCAUUGGCGUCAAAACACUCCAGAAUUCACACACAAAAACCAAACAUCUGACUCAUCCACAACAUGCUGCUGUUUGAAGCCUAAAAAUUCUUCUAGUAAUUUCAUAGUCAUUCAGCAGUAAAAUGUACUUUAUUUUAUUUUUUUACUGAACGUUUUUAUGUAAGUGAAUUUGCUUUUAAAAUAUGUCAGCAUUCAUUUUUUCCCAACAUUUUUAGUAGCUAAUUUUGGGACGUGUUUAAGUGAUACUUAACCCUUUUAAGACAAAUUAUAUAAAUAUAUGCCAUAAAUGGAAUCUCUCACAAAUUAACGAAUGCAGGUCAAAUGCAAAAUAAGAACAUUUCAUGGAUUGGGUCUUUCAGGACCAGUAUGCAAUUCUUGAAGGUUAAAGGGGAACAUCCCAUUAAAUAUUAUGUUUACUUAGUCCCUAUAUAUAUUUUUUUUUAACCAAAUGUAUUUGUGAGGUCUGGAAAAAAUAAAUGAAUAAAAUGUAGACAAGCACACUGCUGUAUUUACCUCUAUUCUGGAACUUCAUAUUGGCUACCUGUCACUUACUGUUGUAAGCUCCGUCCUUUGCACCUAUCUGCAUAGAGAGGACGAGCAACGUAGACAAUGUUUAUAUAUCACCAAUGCAGUGUGAGCAAUGGCUGUGCCUGUAAGGGACCUGAAUUAUGUCACUUGCUAAAUCUUUAAUAAACUUUUAAAAGAAAACAGAUUACCAGAUGAAAAAAGUGUAACACAAUUUAUAAGAUUUUUAAUGGUGUAAUUGAGAGAAAAGUGACGGUUCCUCUUUCGUUUUUCCACAUAUCAAAAUGUGCAUUAAUGUUCAGAGGUUGGAUUCCUCUUAAUUUACUGCAAACCUGUUCUCCCAUUACAAACAUUGACUUGCAGUCUUCUGCGUUUAGCUUAAUGUUCCUUUUUAGUCGGGGCAUGAUAUGAUGUGUAAUGCAUACCUGGGAACUGAAGAAUCAUAUAAGGAAUCCAGGAGAACAAGGGUCAAGUACCUGCAAGUGUCUUCUUUAGAUGUGUGUAUGUAUAUGUAUGUAUAUGUGUAUAUAUGUAUGUAUAUAUGUAUAUACAUACAUACAUACAUACACACACACACAAGUUUGUAAAGACAUUUCACCCACAGAGUUAUUAUGGUGGAGAAACCCACUUCAGAUUUUAAUCUAGAUUAAGUUUAACUUUAUUGAAAAAUAAAUGCAACGUUUCUAGGUUUCUGUAUUUUGUUUCCACUACGCUGCUGGUUAGAAAUCCUUAAAUGAAAAUUUAAUCAUAGCGGAUUUAUCUUUAUUACUUAAUAUGGGAAGGUAGUGGGCAGAAAAGAAAGCGUAGAAAAUCUCUGGAUUUAAACCAUUGCUCAGACCCCUAUUUGCGGACAUUUGUGGUUUUAAAAAAAAAAAAAAAGUUGAAGUCUUUGGAGCAACCUCAAAAUAUUGUGAAAUAUUAAGAACAUUCUGCCAUAGCAUCUCAUUUAACCAUUUCAGCAACAUAAGAAGACUGCUGUUUUUCUUGAUUGUUGCCAAUGUACCAACCAAUGGUAAAGUCAGUCUCCAUAUCUCUGGUGUUCCUUGUGAUUGAACCUCUGCUCACAGUAGCAUUGUUAAUGGCAAUUCUUAGAAUGUGGGAUCCAUGUAGAAGGGGCUAUCAAGUUUGCCAGAUUAGAAUGCGUAUUAAAAAUGCAUACAAUGUGGCUGCAACAGAGCCAAUGUUUAGGUUUUAGUGAUCAUUUUUUCCUGUUUUAUAAAGGGUUUCUGGUAAAUGUUUACACAAAGAAGUGGAAAUACAGUGCAGCCUUCUUAUUAAAGAAAAAUGUGCUAAAAUGUUACUAUUUAAAAACCGCUCUGAAAUCUAGAGAAAAUGUAUAAAACGUCUCAUGCAUUUAACACCAUUCCAAAAAGUGUAUUCUUUUUCUGUUAGAUCUCUGAUGGGGGGAAGGGGUUCAAUUUCCCCCUCUGUAUUUUUCAGAUCCAUCUUCCUCUUGCUACAGUUCAUAGCCCAUGAUAUGAGAGGUGCAAGGCAUAUUACUUCCCCUAACCCGAGUUGAGAAACCGCAAUUGUAACUAUAUGUUCUGUCUUGGUAUGGAAACGUUUACAUAUAAAUGUAACAGAUAUGCAAUAUCCUGGCAGUUCCCCUUUGAUUUUCCUUUGGAAAGUCAAUUCUUCUAUUGCUGUAAAGUUGCUUGUAUCAGAUGUCUGUCAGGCAAUUGCUAUAGCUUGUCCAUCGUCACUGAAUUCAUGAAGAUAAGGAGUCUCUUUCACUGGAUAAACUCCAGUUCAUUAGCAGUGUUAUCAGACACAAAGGAAGAGUGCUGGGAACUUAAUAAUUCCACAUAUAUAUAUAUAUAUAUAACUACUACUUUACCAUGUUUGGUUAAAAAAAGAGCCAUUGAAUCUGACAAAUGUUGUGUCCCUGCCAUUCACACAUUUGAGUAUGGGGCAAUAUUCACCUUGAACACCUCUGAGUGUUGAGUGUCUCCAUGGCAAUAGAAGGGUGUAAGUGAAAGCAUCUACUGGCUAACCCCUUAAGGACUUAUGACCUUUCGUGUCGUCUUCCCAGUGGGGACUUUAAAGACCCUGUGACAGCAGUGUCUUGCUUGUUUAGCAUUGCUGUCAAUUAAUGAGUGUGAUAUUCCAUUUUGAUAAAUGGUCUACUAAGACUAGACUGUCUUGAUUGAAUGUUUAUCAUUGGUUAUGUUGAUUUGUGUCUCCUUUCUGGGCAGAAUGUUCCCGCUUGCCAGCAUUGUAGCAAUUUUUUAAAUAUUUUUUUGUUAUAUAAAAGCCACUGCUGGCUCCCACGAGAAGGCUCACUAGUGUUUCCACCACCAAAUAUUAACAUGCCACUAAGGUUUUUUGUGCUGCUUCGGGUUUUUUUUUUUUUUGUCACCUCGUCACCAAUGCUAGGUCUCUGUCUCACCUUAAUGAAUAGAUCUAUAUUACGGCACAUCCACUUCUGCAGUAUAUACAAGACUGACCGGUCCACCUACCUCAAUUCAUUUACACUGCAGUUGUGUUAAAGUGACCUAUCAUGUACCACAUAGGUUGUAUUUUUCCCCCACCUCAUUUGUGUGUGAGUGAAACUUUCUUUACAUGUCAUCAAAAGUUCAGGUGAGCAAUAAAGAACACCACUUUGUGUGGUAUGCAUGUUCUGCGAAGAAUAAAUUGCUUGAAAUUCAAAGUGAAUUCUAAAUCUACUUCAGUUUUUAUGGCUAAAAUACCUGAAUGGGGUGGGGAGAUCUCCAACUCAGUGAUAUUUUCAUUUUGGCUAUUUAGUCACUAAUGUAAAAAUUCACUUUGCAUUUCUAAAUCUUCAUUAACAUUGACUGUGUUGUUUAAUAGGAAUUAAUCUGGUUCUAAAAGAGAACAAAUCUACAUUGAAUCCUCUAUCAUCUUCAAUGCUUAAGAUGAAAAAUAUCAGAGGAAUCCUUGAUUUGGCUUGGAGUGUCUUUUAAGUUUUAUUUGUUUUAUGAGGGUGACAUAGGAGCUGCCUCCUGUUUCCCGUUUCCGAAGUUGCUGCCCACGUCUCUGUAAUAAGACAGGCUGGUGAACACAGAAAAUUAAAAAUAAAUGGAAUCAGUCUGGAAUUUGUCUUUUACACCAUCUUAAAAUGUUUACAUAUUUCCUCUCUUGUUUUUCUCAUUCUUUUGAUCUAUUUAUAACCUCAAAUCUUCCGGAUCCUGUUACAAUGCCUUUUUAUAUUUGUAUCGUUUAUUUUCCAUGCUUUUCCCCAUAGUGAUUACAAUUUUAAUUUCCUGUCGUAGGAAGGCGGUGUUUUUAUGACACUGUAAACACCAUGUGGAGUAAAAGGUUUUGUCACAUAAAGUGACAGAUCUUGAGAGCCCUUUAAAAAAAAAAAAAAAAAGAUAUAUAUAUAUAUAUAUAUAUAUAUAUAUUUUUUAUUAUUUUGUCUGUUCGAGUACUCUAGUAUUAUUGCAGAAUAUUCCUAUAACUGGGGGAUUUUUCUACUUCUGUUUGCAAGCAGGGUAGUCUGAGAUGAGAUACCAUGCAAUUUGUAUCUUUUAAUAAUAGAGAGCUCAUUUUAGGUUUCUCUGGCAAAGUAGAGGUUAAAUCCCUCGGAGUAACACAUUUACCAUAUAUAGUCCUGGCCAUGCAAUGCAUUGACCUACCACAAGAGGUCACACACCGCCUGUCAUCUUUGUUGCUCAGAAACCUCCAGUGCCUGAGGCUCCUUGAAGCAUCCUUUAACCCUUUGCUCAAAUGAAACACUUCAGGUUGGAACUUGCUUACAGGGAACCAAGCUGUUUUGUGAAUUUUUAUGGGUGAGGUCAAAUGAUAUUUCGUACAUAUAAGUCAUAAUAUGGUUAUGUAUAUAUCCACUUUUUUUUUUUUUAUAUAUAUAUAUAUAUAUAUAUAUAUAUAUAUAUAUAUAUAUAUAUAUAUAUAUAUAUGGAAAAUGUAUGCGAUCUAUUCUGUCAACAGUGAGUCAUGGUGACGUGAUGAUCAUCUCCAAGAUACUGUUUUGGUCUACCAUUGGUCACCUCAACAUCAACUCACUGUUUAGAACCUAAACCCCUAUGUAUUUAAUUCUCAGUUAUACAGAUUUAUUGCAAUAUUUAUAAAAUACUUGUUAAGAUUUAACUGUUUAGUAAAUGGCAAGUUAGUGACUUGGUAAAUAACUUGAUUGGAGAUUUUGGGCUUUUUUGUUCUCAAGUCGGCAACUUGCCCUUUAAUGAAAAACAUGAUAUAUCAAGCAUUGCAUUUAUAUGACUAUUUGGGUAAUCUAAGGGCUUCAAUUAUGAAAUAAUGUUGUCACGGGUUAACUAAAUAAAUAUAAUUCGUUAUGAAGGGAUGUUCCACAACUAUUUCCUAAUGUUGGGAAAAAUGUAAAUGAUGAAAAAGGCUUCAUAUGAUGUAUGUUUGCUUUUCUCUUUUUUUUUUUUAUGAUCAUAUAUAUUUUCUGUUAAAGUUAUUUUAUUUUUUAUCGGAAACCAUGAAUUCACUGUGCUAUAUAAACUGUAUAAAAAAAACAAAAAAAGUAUAUUUGGGGAGUAUGAUGCAUAUUUUUUUUUUUUUUAAAUGAGUACUGUAUUAAAACACUAUCAGAAAAUAAAGAUUUUUACACACAUCUCUGG